AUGAAGAAAUCCAAAGCGGGACAGGCGACGCUCUUUCAGAGUUGGGGACAUUCAGCAGCUGCCCAGGCACAUUCGAAUUCCUCUUCACGAAAUGCGAAUACAAACAGGGUUUUGCAGCCUCAAAACGGAGUUUACAGCGCUUUUGAUCCAAAUAAUAUCGUAGACCUGGGAGAGGAUGAUGAUGAUGAAUUACUAGCUGCUGCGGAAGAAAUCCCACCUUUCAACGACGCCGCCAAUUUUCCAACCACCGCUCGGCAGGCAAUUGACAUCUUAACGAAUCAUGACGAGGUUGAAGUCAUUCCUGGUUUCGAUCUUGAAGCUGGAAAUGUUUGGAUUUACCCUACAAAUUACCCCAUUAGGAAUUAUCAAUAUGAUAUUGUAGAACAGGCUCUUUAUAAAAACACUUUAGUGACUUUGCCAACUGGCUUGGGAAAAACUUUUAUUGCAGCAGUUGUGAUGUACAAUUUCUACAGGUGGUAUCCUCAGGGGAAGGUGAUUUUUAUGGCACCCACAAAACCUUUGGUUGCACAGCAAAUUGAAGCUUGUUUUAAUAUCAUGGGGAUUCCGCAAUCUGAUACAGCUGAGAUGACAGGUGAGGGCCACACAAAGUCGUUUCUACUAUCAGUGGCAAAAUUAGUUGAGACACUUCGUUCAAAACUGGGCUUUUGUACGUUUUACUAACUUCAAAAGGAGGAAAUACAGCUUUUCCUCCCCCAUCUGCUCCAUGCGAUGAUGUGCCGAUGUUCAAGCUUCCUAUAGAAAACAACAAGCACCCCAACUUUGAAUGGAAGGGACAGUGGAGGGGCGCCGAUUCUUUUGUUCUCUGAAGUUACCCUAUUUGAGGGCAAUGUCUCAACAAUUUUGUCACCAAUUGUAUACAAGUCAUUUUGAUACAGGUCAUUUUGAUCCAAGUUUUCAAGGUGUAAAUAGUUUCACCCACUUGGCUUAAAGAAUGAAAAAUAUUCACUCCAAAUGUUUUUCUUGUUCACGUGCAAACUAUACUUGAAGUGACUGAAAUUUGUUGUUGAAUAUGGAAUGGCCUUGAGAAAUUAAAUCAAUUAAAUUAUUUAAGAACCAGCUCUCCUAUGUCCUGGAUUCUUUACAAUGUGAGAGUGAGUGAAAAAUAAGCCAACCUAGACCACUGUAUUUCUAUACUAAAUUUUGGAUCCUGAUUGCUUGACAGUUCUAAAAGGUUAAUGAUGGGGUUGCAAAUAGGCUGCUCUGGUGUUUAUUGUGUCUUGAGUGGGAUAGGCUUUGUGGGUAUAGUGACAAAUAUAAGCUUACAGUGUAUUUCUGUCAAGAGGUAUUGAACAGGGCUCCUUGCAUGAAGGACACUAAACGCAUGGCAAAGAUUUAAUCGUUCUCUUUUUCUUCAUUCCUGUCAGGAAACAUGGCCCCUAAUAAACGACAAUCCCUGUGGCAGAGUCGGCGUGUUUUCUUUCUCACACCCCAAGUUUUACAGAAUGAUUUAAACCGAGGUUCUUGUAGAGCAGAAGAAGUUGUCCUCCUUGUGGCAGAUGAAGCACACAAGGCACUUGGGAACCAUGCAUACUGUCAAGUAAGAAAAAGAAUGAAAUGUUAGCCAUUCUUUCUGGUAAUGUUCAAACUUGGAAAUAAUAAAAAACAAACUGAGUUCAUCUAAAAAUUCUGUUUGUUUCAAAUUAUUUAGGUUGUUCGUGAAGUCUCUGGUUACACCAGGAAUUUUCGAGUCCUAGCUCUCAGUGCAACACCUGGAGAUGAUCUUGAGGUACUAAAUUAUGAAAGUACAUGUACAUGUACUUCCUUUCUGCAUAUAAAAAGAUUUUUUGUAUGAUAACUUGCUUCUUAUUUCUGGUCGAUGCCUAGAAUAUGACUAGAUGAAAACUGACUCUUUAGGGCUCAAUAUCUCUUACAACUUUCGAGAUCUUUAACAUUCUCUAGACUACUAUCCCUCACCAAUGUGUUUAUGUAUGUAUAUGUCGGGCUUCCUUAUGCAGGCCUCCCAUGUGUAGGCAUCCAUGUUAGCACUCAUCAUGAAAAACCAGUCUAGAUAGUGCAAUUCUUAUGUUCCAUAUGGUUGUGGUCACCUUUUCUAAGCUGUCACACAGCUUGUAAUUGCUGAAAUUCUGGAGGUGGUGAAUAAUCCAAAUCUCAACAAAAACAGGGGUAGCACGGUGCGAGGCGAUAGAUGAUUCGAACUCCAUGUGAUAGAAAAUCAAAGCAGAUUUAAUGACAGAUCCUUAGAGUUCAUAACAAUCGUAGUCGCGUGUACAACAAUUCAAUGUAAUAGCAAUGUUCGUAGCCUAGUUACGACGUAACAAAACGUAGAUGUAGACGUAGACGUAGACGUAGACGUAGCUAAACGUAGCUAGACGUAGGUUCGAACUGAAAGCGAUAAUUAAAGAAUACGAACUACUUAGAUUAACUAUAAAAUUAGGACUAAAAGGUAGAAUAAUCUAAACGACAUAAAACGAUGAUGCAAGAAGCAGACAACUGAAAAAUCCGAUAAUUGAUACUUGAGCUAAUUAACCGAGACAAUAACAUUUAACUCUCAGUGUGAAAACAAUCAAAAAACUAUAUCGUAGAGAUUCCGCUUGAACAGAACUUAUCUUAAAAACAAGGAACUAGAUUAUAUAAAAUACUUUGGUAACAGUAACGAUAAUCAAUCCUGUUUGAUUCCAGCAGAUUUGUCUUCAAAUCAAUGUCCUCCUCAUAAGAUAGCAUAAAGACUUGAUAGUUCCACGAAUUACAGUACUAAAUAACUAUAAGAAAAUAAAAGACUUACUUUGGUCGACGACUCGCACCAAAAGUAGCAAAAAAUAGCAAUCUGGCAGCAGCAAAAUAUCUUCUGAUAGCAACUCCAAUGAUAGCGGGAUAACUUAUAAUUUCUUGUAUUGCGUUGCCUCUUUUAUAAUAGAGAUACGUGUAUUAUGUCUAGGGCGUUAACUAAGCAAAACUGUACCUACGCUUUACGCGUUUCCUAGCGGAAAGUACCGCACCAUGACAUAAGCGUGAAAACCUACGAAAUGUUUCUAGAACGAUUCAUAUAAUCACGUUCUAUAACCUAAAAAUAAAACUGUCUUAAAGCAACUAAAAAAUAUUAUAGGACAAAUGAACAAAAGAGCGUUUCAAAACUAACACAGCUUACUAUUAAAUUUUGUUGGCUUUGUAAUUCUGGGAUAUAUUUUUCACCUUUGGCAGCAUUCUUGUAUAGACUCUUUUUUUUUCAGGUUUUUUCGAGGACCAAGUAGUGGUAGUGCCAUAUGACGAUGUUUUAGAUAGGCUUGUUUGAUUAUGACAUUUUGAUCGCCUGAUGAAGACCAGAAGUACACGGUCAAAACAUUGCGAUCAAUAUCAAAGUGUCUACCACAAAACAAGUUUAAACAAGCCUUACUUUGCUUUAUAACUUUUUGGGUGUUCUUUUUUUUGAUGUAGGCUGUACAGCAAGUCAUCACCAAUCUGCUGAUCUCUCACAUGGAGCUUCGUUCCGAAGAAUCACCUGAUAUUCAGCCGUAUACACACAGUCGAAAGGUGGAGAAGGUGGUCGUCUCUCUUGGAGAAGAUAUAUCUAAAAUUAAGGCUUCAUAUCUGAAGGUAUAGUUAGGGGGAUGUGCAGAUUCUCUGCUUAACCUACAUUUUGGCAUUUCUGUACAUUCAACUCCAUUCUACUUCUUAUAAGUGAAUACUGGUACACGGUAAAACAUUCUUUACAAGUGUUAAGUGUCCAGUGAAAGUAGCCUGCAAUCAUUCCCUCACUGUAUUUCUAUAUACAACUUUCGUGGUGGAAGGGCAUGAUUCAUUUAAUUACUGGUUUUGAACUCGUUUUGUACUGUGACAGCAUGCUUCAAAACGUUCCUCUUACUGCAGGUUUUGGAAGGUGUGGUGAGUCGGCUGUUUUGUCAGCGAGCUCUGUGGCAGAGAGAUCCUCAGCGAGUUACUAAGUUUCUUCUGUUGAGUGCACGAGACCAGUUCAGAAAAAGGAUGAACGAGCAAGGAGGAAUGGUGAGAAAAACUAUCUAUUUCGUUGAUACUUCUUGUGGAAAGUCCCAAGAGAUGUUCAAAUUUUUAAGGUUGUUUACUUGAAUGAACAUGUGUUUUUUUUUUUUUUGCAUUUUUUUCUUCGGUGUUGGAUAUGUAAUGCUUGAAGGGGAAAGAGCUGUAAGUCAGUAACUGUUAACGUCUGGCUUUAAAUUAAAGAUUUCCUCUAGGCUGAAAGUCAGACGUUCGUCAGAUGUCUGACUUUGAGAUGACCAUGUAUCUGGCUGGCCAUCGGUGCCCUUAAUUCUAUAAUUGUAAAAGAAACUUUUAGGAGAUGAUUGAUUUUUAAAUGUUUCCUCAUCAGUACCAUUACGGUUGCAGCGCCAAGUGCACGGAAUGUGGAAGCUUCAUCUGACCACUUAUCAAGGAUAGCUUCUUUUAUAACUUUAACGUUCUUGUUUCUUUCAGGACCGUAACCAACAGAGUCGGAUUGAAGCGGACUUUGCCAUGUGCAUCAGUCUGUACCACGCCUAUGAACUCCUGCUACAGCAUGGAAUCCUGUCCUUCUUCAACUUCAUCAAGAGCAUCAUGGACGGCACAAAGGGUAUGCCACGAGCCAAAACAGAAAUCACCAAGAACUACGAAUUUUCGCAGCUCAUGGAUGAACUGCGAGAAGAAAUUGAGCCACCGAUGGAGAGCAACGCCAAUGAAAGUCUUCUGUUUUCGCAGUUUUCUCCUAGGAGACGCGCGCUCAUGAACGUGCCCAAGCCAAGCGCAACGUUUAAGAGUCAUCCCAAGUUGAUGAAACUUAAGGAAAUUGUUCUGGAGCAUUUUCAAACGUUUCAGGAUAAAAGUGGGGCUGAUUCCAAGGGUGUGACCACGCGUGUGAUGAUUUUCUCGCAGUACAGAGACAGCGUUAACGAAAUUGCGGCUUUGCUAGCUCAACACAAGCCUUUAGUGCGUGUCAUGAGUUUUAUUGGACAGCAGUCGACAGGGAAGAGUUCCAGAGGACUUUCACAGAAGGAGCAACUUCAGGUGUGGCUAGCAUCUCUUAACUUAAAGCCUAAUGAGAUUUUCCAUCAAGGUCGCUCCCUACCAAGUUGGGGAACUGACUUUGCUUGUUGGCGAAACGACUUAAUAGGGACUUUCAGAUUCAAAGACGCGCACGGCAACGAGAACGUAAAAAAAAAACAAUAGGUUUCAUAAGCGAAACAACAACUUAGCACGUGCUUCACGCUCGUUUGUACAUUUCUUUCCCCGUGUUUGCACGAAUACGACGUGAAAAUGCCUAAUUUCGCGUUUUAUAGAAUACGUAAACAAGCAAUGACGAAAUGUUAUUUCUCUUUCUGAUCUUGGAUAUGGUUCCUAGGAAUUUAACUCCAGGAGGGUUCGCCUACAUUUGACAAAGUAAGUGGGUAGGAAUAAUUGCUAUUAAGGUGACUCGACCCAGUUUUUUUGAGGGGGUACCAUCCUACUUUGAAGCUCUCUGGUAUCCCCACCUUUACUUUUAUCGUACGUCUAACACAUAGAAUGGAUAACAUAUAGAUCAAUCUACAAUAUAACAUAAAAUUUUUGGCGAUCGGAGUAAAUGUCACGUGGUUAUAAUGCCACGCCCCUUUGAGGUCUGAGUCGAAAAUCUGCUGUUGCCGGCAUUUUUUCGUGAAAAUCUCUCGGCUACACAUAGUGCGCAUUAGUGCCUUGCGCUGAGGAGAGUUUCACCAAAAUCGCAAAGACCCAAUUCGAGAAAUUCAGCGGUUUCCAAAUUUAGGUCAUAAUUUAUGCGAAAAUGAUAAGCAAACUUUACACGGAUUAUACCUAAUAAACUAUGAGAUUCAUCCCUUUAUUUUGGGCAUCGUUAUAACCAAUGGGGCCUUGCAAGUCAGCAAAACGCUUUAGGGCCUUGUAAAUGCGCGCGAUUUCGAGCAAAGCAAACAUAUAAAAAUUAUAGUUUUCGCUAUUUGUUGACGUUUGUCAGCGUUUAAGAGUCCUUCUCACGAAAAAAGGAUUUUCUUAAAAAUUCUUAGUUUUUUUUCCUUCAAAUUUUUUCAGGGCCACAAUUGAUUAACUAACUACCCGGACUGUGAAUUUCAUGGUCAUUGAAAAACUGUGACAUUAUCUUCUAUAAGCCCAAACUUGAGUAAACAUUGAAGAUUUUUAGCGUUUUGGCUGAGUUUGUGCUUUGGGAGUUGUCUAUUGUUUCUAGUCUGUCAUUAUACAGCAUUCUUGUUCAGCACGCUUGCAAUGACCGCGCUUGGCUGACUUCCGAAUGCUCACCGAGAUAUAAUAAUUUGGUACAGUGAGACAAGCCAUCUCGUGAUACAUAGAGGUUUAACUAACAAUUUUUAAUCAAUUCUUGCGCCUUUGCAAAAAAAUCAACAAGUGCUACACACUAAAUCUACUUACUAUUACAAAAAUAUCAUUUUUUCAUAGGUUUAAUGCAAGCCAAUAAUUAAACCAACUCGUGACGGGAAUAUCUCGGUGAGCAUUCGGAAGUCAGCCAAGCGUGGUCAUUGCACGCGUGCGGAACAAGAAUGCUGUAUAAUGACAGACUAGAAACAAUAGACAACUCCCAAAGCACAAACUCAGCCAAAACGCUAAAAAUCUUCAUUGUUUACUCAAGUUUGGGCUUAUAGAAGAUAAUGUCACAGUUUUUCAAUGACCAUGAAAUUCACAGUCCGGGUAGUUAGUUAAUCAAUUGUGGCCCUGAAAAAAUUUGAAGGAAAAAAAACUAAGAAUUUUUAAGAAAAUCCUUUUUUCGUGAGAAGGACUCUUAAACGCUGACAAACGUCAACAAAUAGCGAAAACUAUAAUUUUUAUAUGUUUGCUUUGCUCGAAAUCGCGCGCAUUUACAAGGCCCUAAAGCGUUUUGCUGACUUGCAAGGCCCCAUUGGUUAUAACGAUGCCCAAAAUAAAGGGAUGAAUCUCAUAGUUUAUUAGGUAUAAUCCGUGUAAAGUUUGCUUAUCAUUUUCGCAUAAAUUAUGACCUAAAUUUGGAAACCGCUGAAUUUCUCGAAUUGGGUCUUUGCGAUUUUGGUGAAACUCUCCUCAGCGCAAGGCACUAAUGCGCACUAUGUGUAGCCGAGAGAUUUUCACGAAAAAAUGCCGGCAACAGCAGAUUUUCGACUCAGACCUCAAAGGGGCGUGGCAUUAUAACCACGUGACAUUUACUCCGAUCGCCAAAAAUUUUAUGUUAUAUUGUAGAUUGAUCUAUAUGUUAUCCAUUCUAUGUGUUAGACUUACGAUAAAAGUAAAGGUGGGGAUACCAGAGAGCUUCAAAGUAGGAUGGUACCCCCUCAAAAAAACUGGGUCGAGUCACCUCAAGAAUGAAGGAACGCAAAUUCACUUUUUAACCGACAUUCUCGUCGCCGUCGCGUCGCUGAAUCUUAAAGUCCCUAAUACGUUGCCGAAAUGACCGUAAAUCCUUCCUUUUUCCACCUUGUUCGAGAUCUUGUUUUUCUUGUUUUAGCUCAUUGUCGAAUUUCAUUCACUGAGAAAAAUGCGAAAUGGAAAAGGAAAAGAGAGCGCCCUAACUCUCCUCCUUUCCCCCUCCUUCCCUCUACCCCUUCCGACGUUUGCCACUCAGACUUGGAGCUUCUGCAGGGCCGUAGCUACGUUUUUUUGUAGCGGGGGGGGGGGGGGGCAUUAUCGCGAGUGCCGAAGGCAAGAACCUUGUGGGGGUCUGGGGUAUCCUCCACCAGAACAUUUUCAAAUUUGGAGGCUCUUAAACGCUAUUUUCAGCACUUCUCAUGAGAUAUGUCUCCGAAAAAUCGACCUCGAAUAUGAAAAUGGCAAACAAUUGCAAGUCACUAUAAUCAAGAUAACUGAGUCUAACGAAAACAAAUCCAUCCACAGGCUUGAUGUGUCUGGCUCAACAGGUCCGGGGGGGCAGCUGCCCCCUUACGCCCCCCAAUACGCUGCUUCAGCUCACCUUUGGCGCUCACUUCCAUUGGAUUGGUAAUAUUGAUGCUAAUUUUUGUGGAAGCUAAGUUUUAGGUAGGGCAAGUAAGUCCUGCAUAAAAUAACUUAAGUUUUACUCAGUCACCACUUAGUAUGCCAUGUUAUAAGACGGAACAAGGUAUGACAACCACCAUUACGAAAAAUGUUUCUUCGUUAGGUUGUACAGCGGUUUCGUCAAGGCGGUUAUAACACAUUGGUGGCCACAUGUGUUGGCGAGGAGGGUCUGGAUAUUGGCGAAGUUGACCUCAUUGUUUGCUUUGAUGCACAUGCGUCUCCUAUCCGCCUGGUGCAGAGAAUGGGGCGAACAGGUCGAAAGAGAGACGGGCGAAUAGUGAUACUCGUUACUGAAGGCAAGGAAGAGCAGGUACUAAGUAGAAAUUAUUUUUUUCUGCUUUGUAAUUAUAGUUGAAGGGAAAUAAUUCUCACUUUUCGGGGGAUCGUCCGAGCCAUGCAAAGGUCUAGCCGCUUGCAGGGCAGAAGCAGUAUCGUCUUCACUUCCCCAGUUAUAUUACGACCCUGCGACCUUCCGCUCUGCAAAAUAAAUGUAGCCUGAAAUAAGUAACCUGAAGCUGCGAUGUUAUCUUGUGGACAGACUCUCGUGUUGGGAUUUCGUGCCAAAUUUGGCAUUUGCUUUCUCGGAUGAGUUACGAACCGGCUCUCCUCGUGGUUACACCUCUAGCGCAAAUCUCUCGCGGCUGCGCCACUCGAGCAAACCUCUCGCGGCUACACCACGCGGGCAAAACGCUUGCGACUCUUCCACUCGCACAAAACUCCUUUACAAGAGAACCUGCUAGCAGACUGUUAAGAUUCUUGCUGAGAAUUGUUUUGUUGCUUACAGGUUUAUCAGAAGAGUCAAAGAAGUAAAAAGUCAAUUCACAAAGCUGUGACACAGGCUGCCAAGUCGUUUGAUCUUUACACGGAUAACCCUCGGAUGGUUCCUAGGCAGCUUAUGCCUACAGUGCUAAAAAUGGAAAUGACAGUUGGAAAAUUUCAAGCUCAGAGGUUUGUUACGUCUCCCCAUGACGAGAUUCCGCUAAUUGUUCAUUUAUUCGCUGUUGGAAGCUCUACACGUCGUUUAUCUCAACCAAACGCCAUUUUAAACAGCGCAUUUUUGUUCCAACUUGUCUCGCAAUUUGUUUGUGCCGAUGCGUUGGAAGAUGCAGGAGACGUUGCUUAACAAUCCCUUAAUUAAAUAAAUAUGUCUUGCGAUUCUGUUACUUCAGUGGAUUUUUAUUUAUUAAUCAGAUGGCUAGUCAGGCAACUAUUUUUUUGUAUCAAUUAGAAGAUUUGAACUAAGUUGUAGACAAUUUUGUUGCUUGCAGCAAAGGCAAAAAGAAGGGGCGGUCUUCCGACGGCGCUGACAUCAAAAGCUUUUCUACUAAAUCGGCGACAACAACUUCAAAGAAAACCGAUGGCUUCUUGACGUACGAAGAGCUAGUUUACUGGCAGGAACAUUUUAAACUUCCAGAUCACGAGGCAGGUCUGUCACCUCAACUGUCAGUCACAAAGAGAUCAAGACGCUCGUUGUCAGCAGCUAAGAAACCUGUCACGCAACCUUCACUAGUAGAGUGGCUUCCCUGGCAAACAACGUUACAACCUGUUCAGGCUGUCACACACUCUCGCCGCACGCAACAUUUAGUAGAGCUUUUAGAGUUUACCGAACUUCAUGGCGGUCAAGGGCCGGACGGAGAGGAAAGCUACGAUCUGGAAAUGUUAUCUUUUUUGAACGAGGAUGACAUUUUGAAACCUGGGCAAACAGAUUGCUCUCUCGCUGAGGUUAGUGUUGCUGAUGACGAUGGUGGUUGCCAGGAGAACGAGGUCACAAGGAAAAAUGUUAAGAAAGCAAAGAAGACUCGAAAAAAAUUGCAAAUGCAGAGUGAGGCUGAUACAGAAGAUGGCGGCCAAGACGUAAGUAAGGAACAUGGGGUAGGUGGAGGGAAGAGGAAUGUUAAAGGAGCGAAGAGGCGAUCGCCCGAGAAUAGAGCGCGCUGGAAGGAGUACCUGAAACGGUUUGAUAACAAAGACGAAGAUUUCGAAUCUGAUGACACAAGUGCAGGCGUAGGACCAAGCGAAGAAUUGUCAGUGGAAGAUGAAUUACGAAACCGGGAUGAUGCAGUACUGGAGAGUGACCUACUUGACGUAGGAGAACUCCAUGAACAAACCGACAAAACUUCAGAGGCCGAGGCUGACAAAAUAAUGCUACGAAAAGGCUGCAAUGAAGCUAACGACCAACCAGUGAUGCUGGAGGGAGCAGGACGUGCUCACGAGUCUGAGGACGGCUGUGUUUCUGAUACUGCUUCUGAUGAACUGUCCAAUCUUCUGCCCACUGCAACCCCUGAUUUUCAUGGUUUUAAUGAGGGUUUUAAGCUCUAUCGGACACGUUUUGUCUCCGCAAUGGACCUAGUCCCCACUCCUCCUUCUUUAGAUGCUUUAGAUAAGAUAAGCCUAUCGCCUUCAAGUGUAGAACUUGACGAGUUUCCUAUAAAACCCGACAAGGAAUCUCAGAAAUCGUGUAGAAAUAAUCUGCGUGGAAACGUAGACAAGUUUUCUUCUUCGGAAAAGGCUUUGUCGGCUAUGUCACCUAAAGCUUGCUUUGGGGGUGACUCACUGAUAGAACCGUUUUUGAUGGGUGACUUUCUAGAGGAGGAUGACACCAAAGCUGGCAAAGAGCUUAAUAAGGAAAACGUGUUGAAAAAUACUUGCCUAGAGAAAGAAGGUCGAAUUGCCGAAACAUGCACUGUCGCUACAUCUGAGACCUUUGUGAGUGAAGCUGAUGAAGAAGUCAUAAAAAAUCAAGGGAAUCGCUCUUAUAAUAGUGUGAGUUCCGCGCACAAUGUUGAUAGCUCUGUGUUAAACCAAUGUGAAGUGCUGACCUCAUGUGAUGUUCCUAGUGGAAUGGAUAAUAACGUGCCCGGAGUUCCAAAGAGUGGAGAUGAUGACUCGAAAGUUGUAUGUCCUAACGAUGAGGCAGAGAGUGGUUUUGGAUUUGGUGUGUGGUGUGGCAGUCCAAUGAACGAGUUUAAUGAGCAUGUGGAUGAAAAUUGUUUUCCUCAAGAUAAUCCAGGCUUUGCUGAGGCUUUUUUCAUGGAUGAAACCGAUGACGACGCCUUCACUGAUCUGACUUUGCCUGAAGAUGUUACCACUGAAAACAGUCAACAGAGACCUGUUGGCGAACAAGAGUUAACCACAAGAGACAGGUCAAAUAGUUUGCUAUGUGCGUCAAAAACCUCGAAUGAACGUGAAACUAAAGCCGAGUUGCAAAGCUCCAAAGUUCUUGACAAAGAGAUAAAAGUAAAGCCUUCUGCGAAUUCUAAAGCUUCAGCUGGAACUGAUCUGCAGGCGUCCAUUAGCAAGUUAAGUGCUUUUCAGCGAAGCUCUGCUGAUAGAAAAUAUUCGUCGAAGAUAGUCAGUGACUCUUCUGAAGUCACAGGGACUGAAUUAAGUAUGAAGAGUAAAGACGGCAAAAAGAUCAAGGAUUGUCUUGAUGAAGGGGCUUUACCAGUAGAUGUCGGACAAACUUUUCCUGAAGUCGUCUCUAGAGGCGAGCACACCAGUGCUACUGCUAGUGAUACAGGAGUGCUGGAUGACCGUAGGAACUUGGUAGCAGCUCCACCUGUUUCGUCAAGCAAAUUCAAAUUAAAGGCCAAUCGUUUAACAGAAACCUCUCUGGUUGGGCUGCCCUCUCGGGUAAAAGGCCAAGAAAUGCCCGAGAAAGAACCGAAGCUAACUGUAGUGCGAACUAGUGGAAUGGUGACGAAUGGAAACAUUGAUACUGGUAUCACUGUUGGCAGUGCUAGUAGUAGUACUAGUACCAAUGCUGAUGGUACUACUGCUAGCAAUAUCAACAGUGAUGAAAAAGAUGAUGUAGAUAAUAUUUGUAGAUCGCCGCUGCCUAAAAAGCUUAAACUGAGCAGAAAACGUACUUCGCCUAAAGACAAAGGCAUUCUUGCAAAGAAAUCGGAGGGUCUACCCGCCAAGCCCAUGAAUUUUGGAUCGACGAACUCGUUGAAAAUGAAUUCCAACGAAGGAGAACUCAGUGUUGUUAAGUUACAUGGGACUUCACUGAAUUGUUCAUCAAGGCCAACUAAACCCAUGAAUUCCGAAACGGUGGCAAGAGAGGCCUCUUCUACAGACAUGGUUUGUGACGUAUCGUUAGCCAAAGACUGUGCAGCCAAUCUGUCAAAUUUACGAACUCAUAACGGCACUGUUGUAGCGGUUAUGGAAAGCGAAGAUGAAAAUGACAGAGAGGAUGACGAAGAAGGUGUUAUUCGUCCCGUUAGGAAAGCCAUUUCACUAAGAAGGCAGGCUUUAUCAAGUCCGUGCUCCCAGGAAGGGUUUAAAAGGCCACCCGAUAAGCGAUGCGAGAAUCAACCUCAUAGUUUGUCAUCUCGCAUUGGUCGAUUGGGGUCAGAGAGUGACGAGGAAUUUGAAGUCGACAAAUCAGGUCAGUGUAGUGUACAGUGAUAGUGAUACGUCCCCAGUCCAUUGCUUGAGUCUUAACGGGGCUAUGUCACCAGGAUAUGACUGUUUUAGGUACUGUUUAAAAAACGAGGAGGAGUGUAUUAUCAGGUUUAAAAACUCGGAUGGAAGCCGAGAGUUUUUAAACCUGAUGUCACACGACUGUGAGUUUUUUGAACGGCUUCAAAAUCUCUGAUAUAGAUCAACACAUUCUUGCACUAAUAUUUCGAUUUGGGUUAUUUUGGUCAAAAAAAAUGUACGAAAAGUUUAGCCGUAUCCUUAUCAGAUAUCAAGACACGAUUUAAAUAUUAAUUUCUAUUGUUUUUCUUUUUGUUUUUUUUUUUUAAGUCAAUUCUGUGUUGAAGUCAUUACUCAGUACCUUCACCUGUACACAAAAUGCUCCUGUAGAGUUAUGACGACAUUUGACUACAAGUCCCGGAUUUCCUUUUUUUUUUUUUUGCUUUCUUACUGAAAUUUAUCAAUCCUGCUGAGGUUUAAAAGCAAAAGCCUUGGCGUAAUUUGCAUAUAAAAAACAACAGACUGAAGGACUCUGGUAGUUGUAAUACAAUUACGUCAUCAUGCAAUUGUCCUAUACUCUGAAUACUGUGUGAAAGAGUUUUGUUCUCUUACUCUGUUGUUCCCUCAGAAGGAUUCUUGUUCCUUUGGAUUGCCUUGAAAUUUCCCAUGAUGGCAAAAAGUUAAAGAAUAGUGCUACACCAAGCUUUGUGCUGCCCAAUAGGCUCUUAUCUUAAAUUGGCCACAAUUAAUUCAGGCUAAUUGUGUCUUCUGCAUGAGCGUGAAAAUGAUAACCAGUUUAAGCAAAGUUAUUAAGUCUAAUUUUCAUAACCAGGGCGAAGCCGGCCCGAAUCAUCCAGAGCUUGUCCAAACACAUCUGAAAAGGAGAAAAGAAAAUCUCGUGGGAUUGGUGGUAAACACGGCACACGGAAGUCAGUCGAUUCAUUAAGAAAGGUUAGUAGAUUAUUGCCACUACUGUCGUUUCUUAACCAGUUGCGUACCCGAUCGUUAUUUGUAGUUUUUCAUGUUUGCUUCUAAGUAGAUGCAUCAUGGCUAAAUUUCGUGGACUUUCCAUUGUUCCACAAAACUAAAUUCUGGACUCAAACUCAAGCCUAACCCAACACAGAAGAAGAGAGCUUAAAGGGGCUGUGUCACGGCAGUCCAGUUCAUUUUGUUUAAUUUUGCCAAUCACUCACCCUCAAUCGCUAUGGAACUUAAAGUAAGCAAAGAAAUUACUGGUAAAUGACAAAAUCAGAGAUCCGAGACAAACAAAUAUGUCUCCUGAGCAUUAUUUUUGAAGUUGCAAGCAGCAGGGAUCAACUUUCAAAAACUGUUAGGCUGAACAGUUGUCAGAAACCCUAAUUUCAAUCCCUGUCAAACUUCUUCAGUUUUGCCCAUCCGUGGUAUCUGUUGUUUUUGUUAUGUUAUUUUAACCUUCCUUUAAAGUUUUAAGCAGUUAUUUUUCUGUUUCUCUUAAUUUAACGGGCAUUUAGUAAUUUCCUAAUUUGGCUGAAUUUCGUGACACAGCUCUUUUAAGCAACGACGUUUUCGAGUGACGCUUGCCAAGGGGAAGUGGACUUCUUUAAUUCUUUGGCAUUAGUUUUGCCCAAAUUCUCCAAAUCAGAGAUACAAAUUUAGUAGCGUCAAGGCAUGUUAAAAGGGAAAAAGCCUCACUUCUGUUUGACGUGCGUGGCUCAAAAACGCUUUUGCGGUUUCUACUGGUAUGAACGUGUAGCGAAAGUGUAGAGUACAGAGUGGAGAAUUUGCCUGUUGAUAUUCCAGUUCUCAAAUCUCAAUGUUGCUUUGUUACCUCAACAAACAUUUUGGUAGAUCAAACAUGAGACCAUUAUGUGGGUGUCAACAUUUUCGGGUAACACGGUUACCCUCUGACCUUAUGGAUUUUACAGUCUUGCCCACUCAGCUACGUAAGACAGUUUCUUGUCAGUUAUGAUGUAAUGUGACUUUUUAAGGGGCCAUGUCACGAGGAUAUUGCUUUCUUGAUUAAAUUAUUUUCUGAAGUCAUUACUUGGUACCUUUAUCUAUACACAAAAUGUUCCUGUAGCGUUAUGAUUAAGAUCUCAAACAAAUUUCACUAGAGAGCACAAACCAUAUUUUUGGGGGAGGGGGAGGGGACGCGGGGAGGGGGGGUGAUUUUUGCAGGCAGAGCAUUAAAGCAUUUUUGGAAUUAUGCCGAGACACGUUUUAACUUUUUUAAAAGAUAGCAAAUUGCGUUGCAUAGCACCGUUAUGUAGCCAGUGGAAGAACACGCUGUUGGGGAAAAUUCCUACCUAUGUAGCAAAAAGGCCCUAAGUGGUUCAAGUGUUAUUGCAGUGACAAUUUUAGUUGUUAUCUCCCCAGAAAAACAAAAGUAAGCCUCGGAGAAACCAUUUCCUCGACGACGAAGCAGAGCUGUCCGGCAGCGAUAUCAAUGAUUUCUCUUCCGACGAAGAAGAGGAUGAAAACGUGGAGGAACUGGAUAGCUUUAUAGACGACUCCACUCAAAUGACACAGAGAACACCUUCUGCUGCAAGACCACGCCAUGCCAGCUCACCCAUGGACAUGAUGGCAGUUUAUAGACAGUCUCUUCGGAGCCCUCUUUGCGGUUCACUGAACUUUAAAACACCUUUGUUUCAUAAACAGCGAAACAGGUACAAAAUGGUGUUUAAUGCGGUUGAUGAGGGCAGUGAAUCUCCGUCUGAAGCAGAGGAGACUUACGGGUCAGAGAGCGUGUUUGAAAACGAGGUUGAGGGUGAGGACGAAAUAGAUGGAUAUCGUCAUGACAGUUUGCACGAAAACGAGGCAGAUUCUCGUUCUGAAGACGAGGUUGCGCGUAGGCCCCAAAGUGAAGGCGAUUCUCGCGUGGGCAAAUCCUUUGAAGAAAGUCAAAUUGGACGACCAGUUAAGCGUAUGAAGAGAAAGCGAAUUUUGGAUGAUACCGUUGAAGAGGAAGUUUCGCCGAAGUUAAGCAAACACAGCAAAAUGCCAGAAACGUAUGACAAAGAGAACACUGUUGAACUGGGACCUCCACUGAAACCUCCACCACCACCACAGCGUCAAACUAAUGCGUUUGGAAACUUCCCAGCUAAAUCCAAGAUUACUGGAAAUAAACUUAACAACGGCUUUGUCAAGUCCACUGACGUUUUAGCUGACAAAAGAAAUUUCCAUGACAACCACACGUCCCUACAGCGGUCAGCAAGUAACAAAGAGAGCAUGCGCAAUACGGGUUCUUUCGUUAGUGAGUGGAACAAUGAUAUUAGUGACAGUGAAUUGCUCAAUGCCCUUGAAUGUGAAGGAGAAAACUCUUCAAUAAAGUAAGUGAUCGAAAUAAAUUUAUUUGAACUCGUUGGAUUUAUGAAAACGUUUCUGCUCUUUUUUCUUGCUCUCUGCCAUUAUUUGUGCUUAUUUUCUUCUCCAAUGCAAGGCUGCAAAUGGUCCUUUUUUUCAGUUAGGCCAUAUGUUUGGCCAUGUAAUCAUUUCAGUUGCACAAAUCAGAAAUGUUUUUGGUCGCAGAUUUUGUUGACGUUUAAUUUCCUUAAUUACUUUAUAGAUCUUCAAUAAUUUUCAGUGUGGAGUUAUUUCGGUAUCAGUUAGCAUUCAGGGAGUUUUUCGCUGGUCUAGUAAACUUUGUCUGCAACGAUUUAGCCGGUAAACAUUUCGCGUUGAUUAGAUUAUCUUGGGACCAAGAGGAUAAGCGCAGACUGGCAAAAAUGAAGAAGAGAUUGCAUUCGGGUAAUCUUGAAAAACGUCGGUCCAAGUUUGUCUACCUUAAUGUAAGAGUGGGGAAUAAUUUACAUCUGUUUGUGGCCUUUUUUUGAAAUUUAUUUUACCUUCCAGGAAAACACCAGGAAACAACAUUUUCCAAUAUCAAGACAUGAAAGAAAUCGCGCUGGCUAUGGAAAUGACAGAUGAUGACGUUGUAAUGGAACUAAAGGACCUUCCAACGUUCUCACUCGGUUUUGACUUUUUGUCGGAGACUUUUCUCACGGACAAUGCAAGUACUGGAGACUGGAAUUCUUCCAAAAUCAAUUCAGUGACUCUGACAGAACGGCAGAGUGAAAGCUGUGAGAAUACCAUAAAGUACAGUUUUUGUAAUGAAUUCAGCAACGAAAGGAACCCAUCUACGGUUUCAAAUAGGACGUUAAACGCAUCAAACAAAGACGACGGUAUUUCUCGGAAAGCGGAAAAGUUUACAAAGAUAGUUCAGAGUUCUAAACAUUCUCUGGAAAGUUCUUACCAGGUACCGGAGAAUAACUCACAAACAGAAAACAAGAUAAGUGCUAAGCCUGUUUUAAGCAAGGUUUCUCAAUCAACAAGAGUUGCUCCUCAGAAUGUUGUAAAACCAAUUAUCUCGAACAGUAGUUCUCUUACCUCAAGUCGUAGACCUGGUUCCAAGAAUUUGUCGACCAUGGAUACUCAUAACGCUCAGCGGUCUGUUUCCGAAGCGCAUGCGAAGUUGCAGGUGGUAACACCCUCAUGUCGUCCCACUCCUCUGGGUACCAGGCCUGCGAAUAGUCCUCUUCUCACGGUAAGUAUGAAGCCAGCAGAAUAAUUAAGUAAGAAGAGACGACAUCAAGUGUCUGAGAUGAAUUUCCAAUUGUUCGAUGAUUCCUGUUCUAGCCAGCUUCACAAAGAGUCCGUAAUUCAAAGCGAAUUUUAACAAGAACGUAGUGUGAUUUGCUUAUUCCGAUCCUAUUUCCAUACCUCGUUCAAGUGAGAGAUUUCGUUAAUUCUCUUCAUUGACUAUUUGGAGCAAGGAGGCGAACGUGGAUGGGUAUACGGGAGGUUUGCGCCUAGAAUAGGCUGGAAAUGAAAGCGUAUGAUUUAUGAGCGCUUUCGAUGGCUUUGCGUGGACUGUUUUUAAACAAAUGAAGGCGAUGCGGAAAGGCUGAAAUUAUAAAAAAGUGGGGGCCGGGUUAGGCUUUUUUUGUUAGAAUCUCAUUUAUUUGACGACGCAGGGAAAACAAAACAAAUGAGGAGGACAACGAGAACGGUAGGAAUGAGGAGGAAGAUUCUAACAGUAGAGAUGAGGUGGUGAUGAAUGAAAAACGACAACAACAGCAAGAAAAUGUGAUGGUGCUUGUGGUGAAGGGAAACCAAAAAAGGCCUAAUCCAUUCUUACUAUACUACUAACUCUUACGUGCAGGGGUAGCUAUCUAUGUGUUUUCGUUAAAGUUUACGAAGAUUAAAAGUUGUGGACAUUGCCUUAUUUUAUUGUAAUAAGUGUUUUUUUGUUCUAGUCAUCGGACAAAGACAAAGGAAAAACAAUAAUCUUGGUCGAUACUCGCGAAAUCUCAAGUUCUCAGGUGAGUUCUUUUCUAACCAUAUUCUGUUUCUUUCCCUUGCGAUGUUUAAGUAACAAAUUCUUUUUAUGGGUUUUCUGUAGAAAAAUGAACGAAUCUGAUUAUUUUAAAGUUACAAUUUGGUUUUCAAAAAAGGCUAACGCCAAUUUGCAGAAAAACACACUCAACCAGUCAAGCGCGGAUAAUUCUGCCUCUUGUUCGAUGAGGAGCGUGUAAGUUUUCAAACAAAAGAAAUUUAAGUCUUUUAGUCUUUAAUAACACUAUAGAAUGUGGCAAGCUUGAUGUCAAUAAUUUUCAGUUUGAUGUUUACUGAUACAAUCAUCGCUAUCCUUCCCUCUCAGGUAGUUUCCUUAUUACGGUUAAAGCAUAACAUGAAGGCGGAAGUGUGUCAGCUGACCGGUUGUGACUACAUUGUCAGUAACAGAAUGGCUGUUAAGAGGAAAACAGCUUCCGGUAAUUUGGUUGUUUUCUCUACGUUCUGUGAAAACCACUUGAGAAGAGUCACGGCUCAGAGACUUUGUGAAACGUUGCGAAAAAAAAUUUGUGCAAAAAAAAACGUUGUGAAACCUAAGUGCAGGGUACGUCUUAUCUUUUCCAGAGGCAAUCAGAUGUUGUACGAGAGAGUUUAUCUGAGAACCUUGGCGCUGUAUUUUCUCCUGUUUAAUUAUUUUUUUGUCUGGGUGGCAUGGAGUGCUUCCUACUCGAAAACGUUGUUAUUUCACAGUGAAGUCUAAUUAAUAUGGCUACCAGAGACAGCCAAGUGUCUGCAUUACAGGGGUGUUUGUAUUGUAGGGGUUGGAAUUGUAUAAAUUUUGGUAUCCAAAUUUGCCAAUCCUUGUUCCUGUACUCGUGACACUGGGUCAGUGUUGUGUCGAUUUCCACUUUGUUUUUCUUAUGGAUGACGAAUUUUGACCCAUCACCCCGCGCAAAAAAAAAAGCCUAAAAUAAUGUUUGGCAUUAUCUUCUAGUUUGGCAUAAAAUCGACUCCCUUAGAAUAGUCUUUUAUUCGCUUUUAGAUGUGGCAAAUGGAGCCAACAGUCCCAAGCUGGUAGAGUGCAUGCGCAGAAUGUGUGAUCUGUACGACAGGCCGUGCUUAAUCAUCGAGAAAGAUCGUGUGAGACCAGGAGAAACAGAGAAAAAAUUGUGAGUAUAUCGUUAAUAUGAUGUCACUUAUUGAUGCGUGAAGUGGCUUCAAUGACCUUCAAAGGUUAGUUCCUGGUCUUACGUGAUAAGAAUAUGUGUUAAUAAACUUUCGCUCUUUUAUUUUCAGUAUCAAGACCAAAGCUUAUAUAUUUACUCUGGCAUGCAUCGCUCAGACUCAUGUGAAGAUUCUGUUUAGUGACUCCCACGGUAUGAAGCCUAUGGCUAGAAACAAAAUUAGGGAAUAUACCAAAGUUUUACUUAGUGUUUUGGGUGGGUCUGUUGGGCUGCCAGCGUUGUUUUUCGUGCAAGUUGUCGCGCAAAAAUGUGGCAGUAAAAGCAUAUGUUUUUAUUGAUCCCUUCACGUGUACUACGUUGUCACGGAACUAUCUUUACGUUGUUGGUUGCUGAAAAUGGUAGUAUACUCAAAACAAGCUCAACAUUCAACGCAGCGCUUUUGCGUGAAAAGAUGCACGAAUAAUGGACACUUAUUAAUUGUGUGUCCAGGAAGCCGCCAAUUUAUUUCUGUCCUCGGGCACAAUAUGCAAAGCCGUGCUUAGUUAAGACUUUCACGGGUAUCGUAAGUAUUGUUUCUAAUCACUCUUAACAAUGUGCUAUUGUUAGAGAUCAAUUCUUUUGGGCCUGUUUACUCUGGGACUCAUCUCAGACAGUGGGUCCAAAUCAACCCUAGAAAAGUGAACCAUAUGGACGCUAAUUAUAAGACAACCAAAUUUGGCCCCUUGCAUUUAUUUUGCAAACCGAAACAGCCCUAUGUUCUGCGUUUUUUCUAAUCUUCGAAUUGCAAUGUGCAAGAGGUGAGUAGAACGCAUGAGAUCUGAAUAAGAUAUGGACUGUAACUGAACCUUGUUUUCGAGUUACUAACGGCGAAGAUAAAGUCAACUGUGAACAUUAUUUAACAAUUAACGAAUGAGGCUGAGUAUCUUAUGAAGAAUUAUGGAGAUCGAGGAGGGUGUUAUCGGCCGAGGCGGAUAAUUGUUUUGUUAUUCAUUCAAAAUAAUUCCUAGUUUAAAAACAUGGAUAAAACAUGCUUACCUCCAUCGAUCCAUCGAUGUUAAGUUCAUCUUCGAUAGUGCACAUUUAGGGUUGUUCAGCUCCGCAAAUAUUCUCCAAAUAGAAGAUAUAGCCCUUCGAGUUGUGUUCUUGCUGUUCUUGCCAUGUUUUUAGCUAUAAUUUCGCCUAGUUUUUACUCUUGAAACGAGUGAAAUGUCCGCCAUCUUUUGUUUUCACAACCAAAACAACUCAACCUCGUCGGUUAACGGUUCAUUAACCUGCAAGAACGCUGCAUUUUUGUCGUCAUUUCCUCGUUACACACAAAAUUCUUCCAAAUUUGGUCAUUAGUAACUGCUUAUGGUGAAUUAUGCCUGUGCUUUUGGCCAAUCAGAAUCGGGGAAAUAUUUUGAAUGAAUAAUAAUUGUUUUUAAACAAUGAUUUAAACAAACAUUGAUUUAAUUUUUUUUUUCCACAGAGCAAACAGCUACACUCUUAGCAGAACUAGCCGCCAUUGAGACCAAAAAAGGAACCACUAUUACAGCACCCACCUCUUUCAGCAAAGAACGUGAACAGGUACAAAUGAGUCCCUUCAAUUACUGACCUUCUUUGCGAUUGUUUAAUUUUUGUGGUAUUGCACCAUUUUAACAAGUGCUCGCUUUGGUGACUUCAAUUCCUGACGCGAUUCAGGAAAAGCCUUCUUCUCUUUCCUUCUCCUCACUCAAGAAGACAAUAGAGCGUUUCACAUGACGUCACGGCAGCCAUAUUGAUGUUGCGAAACAAUGAAACGGUGGCCAUGUUGGUGUCACAAACCAGUCCUGUUGGAGUUAAACUCUUUUCUUGUGUUAACUCUUUCUUUUGUUCCAAUUUGCAUAGAUGCUGGUCACGCGAGUGAAAACGCUCUUAUAGGAGUCUCUGCUCCCAGGGUACAUUUCAGGGAAUUUAAGCAGUGACGUCGCAGCGAUGUUUUUGAGCGACGCACGUCAACCGGAAGUGUAGGUUUUUCUCUUUUAAUAUGUCGUAAGCCUACCAAAUUUGUAUUACUAAAUGUCGUUACUGUUGUUAAGACAAUUUGCCCACUGUUAUUUUCAAAAGAACGGCCGAAGAGGUAAAAAAGUUCACUUCCGGUUGACGUGCGUGGCUUGAAAACGUCUUUGCUUAAACUCCGUUAUUUUUAUUGAUGGUAGAGGAGGUCAGAAAAAUCCUUACGCCUGUUUUCAUGAUUUAUGAAGCGCAACUUCAUUCGUACUUUUUUAUAUGAUUAUUUUUCUUUUUCAGGUUUUCCGUGUUGUUCUCAGUUUUCCACAUGUGAGUUAUAUAACAGCUCUCAACUUGUGUUCCUCUUUCAAAACGCUCCAUGAAAUCAUCAACAGGUAAGGUUAUUUCAACACGCGUUGGUCUUCUGGCUCAUAACGCAGAGAAAAACUUUAAAUUCUCAUGCUGGGGGUCUGCGGUCAAUACAAUAGAAUUUUUUCCCGAAGAAUUUACAUGAAAAUAGCGUUUAGUUCCCAGAGGAGAGAAAUGCUUUUGUUCUUGACCGCCAACAUGGCCGCCGUGACGUCACGUGCAAACCAAGUAAUAUUCCAGUCAUUUGUUUAUACAAAAAAGAUUGUUUGAAGUUGACUGAGUUCACUUUUGUUGGGUGAAGCUUAUAAAAAAUGACAGAAGACCUGAAUGACGUCGUUGGCUCGAAAUGGGCGCUGUUACACAAGGUUAAGUUUUUAACUCAACUUGCCAAGAGGUGCAAGCGUAACAAAAGUACAAGCUUAAAAGAAUUUGAUCGUUGUGUUUUUGUUUGCACUUAUUCUGCUGACUGAUUGGACGUAACAUUUUUUUUUCACGUGUGAAAAACAUAGUUCACUCCUCUGAUUGGCUAAAACUCGUUUGUGUAUGUAAUAAAAUAAUAACAACCAGGCUUAACAUACUAGAGCGAUAAUUCGAAGUAUACAUUUUGAAAUUGCAGUACUGCGGCUGAGUUGGAGAGAAGAACUCCCAGUCUGUCCAGGCCCCGUGCUGCAGAGAUCUAUAAAUACCUUCGACACAAGUUUCACCCUGAAAUGGUAGCCUCCAAGAAAUAAAUCGAUGAAGAAAAUGAGCCAGGCGGUUUUCGACUUGUUCAUAUCGUUGUUUUUGUUGAGUUUUUGUGAAAAUGAAAGGUGUACAUGUGUUUAUGUGAAUUCAGAAAUGAUAAUGAUAAAAGUAAUAAUGAAUUUUCUAAAUAAUAGAAAUUUAUUAAUAAUUAGUUAUGUGAAUUAAAGAGACGUAUUGUGACGUGGUGACUGCAUUUUCUUGAUGCUUAGUAUUAGAUGGUCCUUGUUACUAAAAUAACUUGAGAUGGUGUACUUGACUACAAUCCUUCCUAUUUUCUGUGCAAACUACCGUCAGCGUUCUUCGAGCUUAAAUCAGGAUUUAUUCAAGAAUUGUGGACGAAAUGAAACUAGGGAGUUUUGGUCAUAUAACGCUAUUAAAAUACAAAAUUAUAUUGGUGUCAUUCGCGGUCAAAGAGAGUGAUUGGUGGACUAGACCCUCUUUUAGAUUCUUUUACCUGUAUUUGUUUUUCCUUCGUCGUCUCCGAAAGGCCACCAGAAAUAGCCGCUGUGUUUUGGUUUUAUGAAAAAAGGAUAGAAGUCCCCUGGAGAGUACAAGAAAAUAACCGCAUAUUCAGGGCAAUGAAGAUUUCGAUAGCACCGAAUUGCUUUCAACAUCUCAGCUUUCUGAUACUGAUCAUCCGAUCAUUCAUAUGAAAUUUUAAAAACAAACUUGCAUUUAAUUGUUCCCCAUUUUAUUCGUAAAAUAAGGCUACCUUUACAUCGUAAAUUAACCGACAUGUUACUGGCAUUUAAUGUCCCGUUAUGGAUUUUCUUUCUUCCGAGCUGAGAAAGCUUAAAAGCAACUAAACAACUAAAAUUUUAAUUCUCAUGGAACAGUUCCGGUUCUUUACUACUGAACCAAGAUGUAGCCCAUGGUCUUGAUCCGCUUGUGUCCGUUGUCUGGUGACCAUGUAGCCUCAUUUCCACACGUGUUUGUGUCGUCAGGAGUUCCUCCUGUACCAAAUCCGAUUCUGGAGUCACACGAGACACAAUCGCGCUCAUUAUUACUGGUGAUACCAAUUCUUGCUUUAGAAUGAUGUGUUUUCCUGCAGAUAGCAUUAAACCCUUCCUUGUUACAAUAGUAUUGUAAGGAGGCCUGUGGACCAAUCAGCGACUUCCACGUUCUACGACCCAGUGAGGUGGCGCGGUAUCGGCCGUCAGCGAUCAGCGAGUACAGCGAGUUGGCGUGCCCGUGGAUGGUAACGAAUCUUAUCUUGUGGCCGAACUUCAUACCGAGGCAGAUCUUGGAGAAGGAUGUUUUCCAGUAGCUCGGCAGCUUAGUCUCUUGUGAAUCAAACCCAGUUCUCCCUCCUGAAAUGUUGUAUGGAUUUUUGUCGCUCCAGAGAUGAGAAUCGUAGUGGAAAGUUUUCUGCAAACGAGAAUCGUAGAAUAAAUAUUCAUAACACAGUUAGGUGAUAAGCUGAAAGCCUUGUACCUUAGUGCCGUCAAUCUUCAUGACCGGCGUCCAUCCUCCAUCUCCGCAUCCAAAGACUCCCAUGUGACAGUAAACAGAAAAUUCGUGUGAAUCAAACUUCAGCGUAUACACUCGGCUGGUAGUUAACCUGAUGGAGAAAAAUUUAAGGGACAAAAAUGAACAAUCCUCUUGAUCUUUGUCAAUCAAUGUCAAGCGAGAAAAAUGGUCUCGUACCAAUUCAAGGUGCUGACUAAAAAAACUAGAGGUUUUGUCCUAUAUGAAAAGUACAAGAAUUAGUGCAAAGUUUCUUUUCUUCCAUUUAUCGUUGAACCCGGCAAGAUAAGAGGCUUCGAGCCUAAUCAUCCAUUUUUGACCAAUUUCUGACUAUUUUUUGUUGUUUUUGGUUUAAACCAUCUGAUUAAAAUUUUAGGAGGAUGAAGCGUCUUCCAAUCUGUCUUCGCUGAGGUGCGCGUUAUCGAAACUUUUGCUGCGUGCAAAUUACAUUUGUUUUAAAAUAUUUUGCUAUCUUUCUAUUUCCCUCUCUUUUAGCCCAGCAGCCAUGAUUGCGCUUUUCAGUUUAUCUCCUCUCUCGGAGGUUUUUUAAAUAGACACUUCGGGUGAACUGGCAAAAGAUAAGUACUUGUAACAUGCAUGUCAUGCAUCAUAUAGCCGACCAGUAAACUUACCCUUGAUUAUCAUACAGUUCCUUGCAAGAGGAGGCAGGAAUGACUAUAAGGAAAAAUCAUAUUUCCGGUAAGAUUGGGGAUAAAAUUCACUUUCAGCCAAAACUUAAUGUUGAAAUAUUUUAGGUCAACAUGCCCGGAGUGGAAGUCUUUUUUUCUUUUCCAACUUUCCCGCCAAGUUCUGUGCAAGCUUGUCAAGUUUCUUGAUGGCAUUAGCGUCACAGUUGUUCUCUCCUGUUAUACGCUCGUUUACGUCUGCAAAUCAGGUGCAGGACUGAAUCAUCAAAACUGCUUUACUCAUCCUUUUAUUUUCUAGGAUUGUGUACGGUCGAAAGAGAGAGAGAGCUUUCUGGCUAUACUGAGAAGCAAAAAGAUUAUGGCUAUAUAUAUCGAGGAAGUGAGAAAUUAAGAAGUAACAUCACAUUUAUAGAUCGAGGAUUAGCGAAACCUAAGGAAGCAAGAUACUUGAGAAUGCAGAACGACUUUCCAGGUGAAGAACAACUACCAACAGAAGGUGCAAUAAAAAGGACACGUUUCCGCUCGUACUCUGUAGGUGGUGCGGCUAAAAAAGCGGAAUUUUGUACACUGGUCUGAUUUUUAAAAGCAGUUAUCUCACCCAGCGUGAAUGCGUGACUGUGCGGAGAUGACAAUCUUGCAUGGGGGCAAUUACAAUACGUUAAAAAACUUAAAGAUCCCAGGAAUGAUGUUUAAGGCUAAAAUUGCAUACAGAUACUGCAAAUCACAAACUAUAGUAGUAUGCAAGGGCAUUUCGAUUCUUAUUCAGCUUAAAAGAACAAAACUGCAGCUCUAGGGACGAAGCAGCAUACUACCUUGUGGCUGAACUUGGCUUUAAUGCGAGAUAAAUGGAUUUGAUUAAAAAAAUAUUAUAAAGAAGACCGAGGUACUGACUUAGUGUGCAGUUAACUCCAUUACGAAAAUACCCUGGCUUGCAGGUGCACACAAAGGAUCCUUCAGUGUUUUCGCAGGUAGCGUUUGCAUUGCAGUUGUGCUUUCCUGUUUCACACUCAUUUUUAUCUGCAAUUAAGAAGUCAGGCACUGAAUAAACUGAUUUAGUUUUUCUUUCUCGGCAAGUAACUGUGGCCUACCAUACUAGCCAUUUCAUGUGAUCAAUAUUUUAAUAUUAUUUUCCAAAUUCCAAAAACCGUCAUUUUCGAAACGAGGUCUUUGUCACACCUUUCUCCUUUGAAAUUAAUUUUCUUAUCAAAAGGCUUCGCACUUCGCCUCGUUUUAAGACAGAAGCUCCAGUGAAGUCGAAAAUGGCCUAUUAGUAAUGGUAACAGGACUGAGUGGAGUCCAAUUCGGUCUGUAAUCAUACGAGUGAUUAACAAAAUCGGACGAGCGCGAAGCGGGAGUCCGAUUUGUUUAAUCACGAGUAUGAUUACAGACCGAAUUGGACGACACGAAGUUCUGUUACCAAUUAAUCAUAACUUUAACAAAAUUUGUGAUAUAGUAGGCUGUUUUUUAAAUCAAAACACAAGAAAUUCGAAAUUUUGUUUUGCUAGCAGUGAAAAAAAAAGACAAUUUAAGCGCGCGCGUGAUGGCGCGUACUGUCCAAUUACUUAGGCAUGAUGCGUACUGUCCUAUUAAACUGUCCAAUUAAGGCUGAAAUCAUGGCAGUUGAUAGCCAAUUAGAUUUGACAAUUUUGUUAUAGUUAUGAUUAGAGUUACAAUAAUAUACCUGCCUUAUUAUAUGGCAUAAUAUAAAUGUUAUAUGAUACUAAAAGAUAUUAUAGAAAUUAACAUGACUUAAAUUAAGGCGAAUUUAGUGGAAAACCAGUUUCGAACAGAAGAAAUUGAUGUGAAAGAGACGUGGCUACGAAGUAUCUGAGUGUUUCAAUUAAGAGAUCCUGAAGUGUUACCUGCACAUUUAUCUUCUCCAUUUUCAGAAUACCCUGCCCUACAAGGACAGUCGAAGGAUCCUUUGGUGUUAUAGCACCAUCUAGUGACGUCACAGUUGUGUUCUUUUGUCUUACACUCGUUUAUAUCUGGAAAUGAAGAGUUAAUGCUGAAUUAUCUAGAGUAACAUUUUGAGCUCGACAUUUAGGCAAGUCAAGUGACGAGAUAUAAUAUUCAAAUUGCCGACUAUUCCGUUGUCACUAUUUCGUCAAAUAUGUUAUAAGAAUUUUAUUAUUAAUAAUAUUAUUAAUUAUUAUGGCAGUACAAACGUCUGGAUGCCCAGAGUAAAAAAAUAAAAGCUUUGGCUGGGCGGCAAACCGCAACCAAAAAACAAAGCUGGGUGAAAAUGAUUUGAUAAAAAUAAAAUGAUUUGGGCCUGAAAUGGGGGGUUUGAUAUGGGAGGCCUUGGAAUGGGGGGGCCUGAUAUGGGGGGCCUGAUAUGGUAUGUGGCCUGUAAUGGGGGACCUGGGGUUGUAAGGAACGUUCCAAAGCCUGCUCCAUGUUUUUGCAGUCUGAAAUAUCGGUGUUACAUAGGUGUUCUCCAGUCUCACACUCGUUUAUGUCUGCAAUCAAGAGUUAAUGCUGAAUAAUCAACUGACUUUGUUCGAUUUUAAUGUAGACUCUGUUUUACAUGUUGCACAGGCUUGGAAAGCUUUCGCUGGGGGGAGUUUAGCCUACGAAAAAGAAAAUUUUGGCGGCUCGAGCACGCAAAGCCAGCGAGAAUAAUAGGGCUAGGAAAUGCACGCGCUAAAAUGUUUCUCGAACUCGCACAUGUGAGCCUGUGUGCAGACUACGGGGAUCUGGAGGCUGCAACUACAGUCGAACCCGUAUUAAGCGGCACCGUAUUAAGCGGUCAGUUUUUAAAGUCCCGAAAAUUACUUCUCUUGAUGUACUGUAAUUUCGACCUCUAUUAAACGGUCGCGGUUACCAUUUGCGAAGUCCUAACGAGACUUUUUCUAUUGUCAUAACCUGUAUUAAACGGUCACACGGUGUUCAUAACACACGAGGUACAACAACUGAUUUCCUUGUUUAUUUUCGCAAACCAUUAAAACGCCGGAAAUGAAUAUUUCUAUUUGAGGUCAAACGUCUGUUCUGAUCAGCACUGGAGAUCUAAUUCUUUGAACUGUAUUUCUUGCAACCUGUAUUAGGCGGUCACUCUGUAUUAAGGGGUCACUUAGCCAUUCCCCGAGGGUGACCACCCAAUACAGGUUCGACUGUAUCACCAACAUUUAUCGUGGAUACGACCUGUGGGGUGUUUCUUGGUGAUGAGGAAACUAUUCUUGGUAAGCUAUAAUUGUUAUGUGGUGUGGAUAUUGUUCAGUGUCUUUUUAAUCUUUUGUAUUAUGUCAUUUUGUGAUUGCACCAGUCCACAACACCAAGAAACUACCGAUCUGUGACAUACCGCGACUAAAUAUGAAACCGGUUUCCAGCUUUCUGAUUGGCUCUAAUCUUUAUGGUAUGGAAUAGCAUAAAACUAAAGAUGAAAUCCUGUUAGUUUAAGCUCCUUAUCAGGUUUGCUACCUGCACAGUUAACACCAUCCCCAGUAUAUCCUGGCUUACAAGUACAAGUGAAGGAACGCUUGGUGUUGGUGCAGUAUGCAUCAUCGUGGCAGUUAUUUAGUCCUCUUUUACACUUAUCUACAAAUCAGCAAAUGGAAGUUAGGUAUAAGAAUUUAUUUGACGUAAAGUAAUCCACCUGCAAAGUCAGUUUUCACUUUCAGGCGAUUAAGAGUUGUUUAAAUUAUUUAUUUGCAACAGUUCAAUUGAGUUCAAAUUGUUAUAAUCUAUAUGAAUACUCUUCGUUCAAUGUCACUAACCACGGCGUGAUUUACUAAACAGCGGCACUCUCGAAAUACCCUUCCCUGCAAGCACACUAAAAGGAUCGUUUAGUGUUACGGCACAAUGAACUGGUGGCGUUACAGUUGUGUUUUCCUGUCUCACACUCGUUUCUGUCUGCAAAUUAAGAGUUAACGCUGAAUUAUCAAAUCGUAGAUCUGUUUUAAAAAGCAUCAUAAUAUGCCGUCCACGUUCCUAUUUUGUCGGUGCCUUUAUCAUUUCAACCUUAUUCACCGCACGUAAACCCGAGAAAAGAAGAAGACAUUAUUAAAGUAUACAUUUCAAUUAGCAUAUCUUGAAGUGCUCGGUGGUAUAUUUACCUGUGCAGUUAUGUUCAUAUCCACUUUUGCAAACACACUUGUAAGAUCCUUUAGCGUUUUCGCACUCUGAAAUAUCGGUGUCACAUAGGUGUUCUCCAGUCUCACACUCGUUUAUGUCUGCAAUCAAGAGUUAAUGCUGAAUUAUCAACUGACUUUGUUCGAUUUUUAUGCCGACUCAGUUUUACGUGUUGCACACUUGGAAAGCUUUCGCUGGGGGAAUUUAGCCUGAGAGAAAGAAAAUUUUGGCGGAUCGAGCACGCAAAGCCGGCCAGAAUAAUAGGUCUAGGAAAUGCACGCGCCAAAAUGUCCCUCGAAAUCGCACAUGUGAGCCUGUUCGCAGGCUACGGGGAUCUGGAGGCUGCAACUAACACCAACAUUUUUCAUGGAUACGACCUGUGGGGUGUUUCUUGGUGAUGAGAAAACUAUUGUUGGUUAGCUAUUGUUAUGUGGUGUGGAUAUUGUUCAGUGUCUUUUUAAUCUUUUGUAUUACGUCAUUUUGUGAUUGCACCAGUCCACAACACCAAAAAACUACCGAUCUGGGACAUACCACUGACUAAAUAUUAAACCGGUUUCCAGCUUUCUGAUUGGCUCUAAUCUUUAUGGUAUGGAAUAGCAUAAAACUAAAGAUGAAAUCCUGUUAGUUUAAGCUCCUUAUCAGGUUUGCUACCUGCACAGUUAACACCAUCCCCAGUAUAUCCUGUCUUACAAGUACAAGUGAAGGAACGCUUGGUGCUGGUGCAGUAUGCAUCAUCGUGGCAGUUAUGUUGUCCUCUUUUACACUUACCUACAAAUCAGCAAAUGGAAGUUAGGUAUAAGAAUUUAUUUGACGUAAAGUAAUCCACCUGCAAAGUCAGUUUUCACUUUCAGCCGAUUAAGAGUUGCUUAAAUUAUUUAUUUGCAACAGUUCAAUUGAGUUCAAAUUAUUGCGUUCGCAGAACGCCAUCCUAAAUUAGUAGCCAGAAAAAAUCGAGAUUUUUCGGGACGGACUUCCAAAUAGCCUGGCCUCUUGAAAGAUCGUAGCUGUUCUGGGUACGAACGAUACAGAACACAUGACUCAUUUUUUGACCAAUACGAGAUGACUGUUGGUCCACGUGACAUGUAACACACAAUGGAAACUUUCAGAACGUUUCUUGAUCUGUUUGCCUUUUAAUUAAGCUCGAUUCAAAGUUUUCCUGAUGCUAGCGAAGGCGAAAAAAAUCGAGUUUUAACGCGAACAUAGGUGAAUUUUGUUCUGUUACUUUUGUUUGUUUGUUUGUUGUUUUUUUUUAUGGCGCCUUAAAUUACGUGGAUAUAUUUCGAAUUCAGGCAUAUGCGAUUAAGGGCGUUAAUUUUUGGUGUACACGGCUUACAAGAUUUUUAAUUUUUAAUUUUUAACAAAUUAAGUUUCAUGAAUUGUAUUGUGGAUAUUUCAACUUUGAGUCACAUAAAAACCGCAUGCAGCGUUCAAGUUAAAUAAUUAUUGCUCGAGGCUUUCCCAGUACCACUGCACUUUAUUUUUUUUAAGUAAUGAUUUAGAAACUCUAAAAAGGAAGCUUAUAUCCUUCCGAUUGAUUCCAUUAGAGAGCUUAACUAAAGUCAAACAAAUUCCAGCAAGUUUUGAACGAGCAAAACAUUACUCUGCACAUGCACGAUUCACGCUUUUCUGUCCGAUUUUUUUUCCGUCGCUGCAUGACUAAAAAUCUUCUUAUAUUUUAUUAGUACAAAUGAAAUUAUCCGAUUAUUGCCAAUAAAUCUAAAUCCUGCAGCUGAAGAAACUAACUCUUCGGUCAACUAAAAACUAAUUUCAUUUUGUUGUUAACUGAUGCGCAAUAUAAUUAUGCAACACAUAUUGUUCUAUAUGAACCUUUUUGCGAUAAAAUUGUUUUUUAACAAUAUGUUAAUCAUUGCCAUCAUCAUCAACUUUGUUUUCUCCCUGGACACUAACUCAUAAAAGCCUGUAAAAAUCUAUGGUCUGCCCUGGAAUAACUCACUUCGCAUAUCGAACGUACUCUUUAAUCUAUGAUUACCCCUAGUUAUAAUCUAUAUGAAUACUCUUCGUUCAAUGUCACCAACCACGGCGUGAUUUACUAAACAACGGCACUUUCGAAAUACCCUUCUCUGCAAGCACACUAAAAGGAUCGUUUAGUGUUACGGCACAAUGAACUGGUGGCGUUACAGUUGUGUUUUCCUGUCUCACACUCGUUUCUGUCUGCAAAUUAAGAGUUAACGCUGAAUUAUCAAAUCGUAGAUCUGUUUUAAAAAGCAUCAUAAUAUACCGUCCACGUUCCUGUUUUGUCGAUGCCUUUUAUCAUUUCAACCUUAUUCACCGCACGUAAACCCGAGAAAAGAAGAAGACAUUAUUAAAGUAUACAUUUCAAUUAGCAUAUCUUGAAGUGCUCGGUGGUAUAUUUACCUGUACAUUUAUCUUCAUGUCCACUUUUGCAAACACACUUGUAAGAUCCUUUAGCGUUUUCGCACUCUGAAAUAUCGGUGUCACAUAGGUGUUCUCCAGUCUCACACUCGUUUAUGUCUGCAAUCAAGAGUUAAUGCUGAAUUAUCAACUGACUUUGUUCGAUUUUUAUGCCGACUCAGUUUUACGUGUUGCACACUUGGAAAGCUUUCGCUGGGGGAAUUUAGCCUGAGAGAAAGAAAAUUUUGGCGGAUCGAGCACGCAAAGCCGGCCAGAAUAAUAGGUCUAGGAAAUGCACGCGCCAAAAUGUCCCUCGAAAUCGCACAUGUGAGCCUGUUCGCAGGCUACGGGGAUCUGGAGGCUGCAACUAACGCCAACAUUUUUCAUGGAUACGACCUGUGGGGUGUUUCUUGGUGAUGAGAAAACUAUUGUUGGUUAGCUAUUGUUAUGUGGUGUGGAUAUUGUUCAGUGUCUUUUUAAUCCUUUGUAUUACGUCAUUUUGAGAUUGCCCCAGUCCACAACACCAAGAAACUACCGAUCUGGGACAUACCACUGACUAAAUAUUAAACCGGUUUCCAGCUUUCUGAUUGGCUCUAAUCUUUAUGGUAUGGAAUAGCAUAAAACUAAAGAUGAAAUCCUGUUAGUUUAAGCUCCUUAUCAGGUUUGCUACCUGCACAGUUAACACCAUCCCCAGUAUAUCCUGUCUUACAAGUACAAGUGAAGGAACGCUUGGUGUUGGUGCAGUAUGCAUCAUCGUGGCAGUUAUGUAGUCCUGUUCUACAUUCAUCUACAAAUCAGCAAGUGGAAGUUAGGUAAGAAUUUGACGUAAAGUAAUCCACCGACAAAGUCAGUUUUCAGUUUCAGCCGAUCAAGAGUUGUUUAAAUGGUUUAUUUGCAACAGUUCAAGUGAAUUCAAAAUUUUUAUAAUCUAUGAGUACUCUUCGUUCAAUGUCACCAACCACUGCGUUAUUUACUAAAACAAGGUUGUUAAAGGACUUGGAACGUUAGUCUCAAAACUUCAAUCAAGAAACUUUGCACCCCUAAGGACGCGUCGUAUAGUGCUGCUAGGGCUACACUCAGGGGCACCCAAUGGAUCUGUUCCUCAAAAUAUCUGUUCUACAGACCAAUUUUUGCUAGCUGGGAGAUGUGGAAGAAAUAAUAUGUCUUUGGAAGGAAAGUGAUGCUAAGAAAAAAAUGUGUCUGAGGGGAUUUGAUGUUUAGAAUAGUUACUAUGUGUUAUGGAUCAGAAACCCCUCCUUCACCCCCUUCCCCCCGCCCCCGACCAAAUUUAUUUGGGCACACAGUUCAAUUUUUCCUCAGUGAUACCAUCUCCAUACGCACGCCGUGGGAGAACUGUUUUGCAGUUCCCAACCAACAGCUACCACUUGUUUACGGUGGAGCUGGCGCUUAAAGCAGUGCUUCACAGCAUGAAAAAUCAAAUUUACGUGAGCGUAAUGACAACGUAAAGUCAGCGUAUAGUUGAAUUUUACACAGCUUUACGCUUCCUUUACUCUACGUAAAGUUCAGCUUUACAGCACCUUUACGCGUACAUAUAAAGCUGGCGUAAUGAAACAAAAACUUUACGCAACACCUUUACGUUUUGCGUAAAGCUUGUGUAAACCCUACUUUAAGCUUGUGUAAAGCGCAAAUACAAGCUCCUUUACGCCAUAUAUGUAUACACAUAAACACACUGGAAACUUUAAAAAUACCGGUAAAUAUAAUGGUAAUCGGUAAAUUUUUCUUACCAAACUUUUAACAAUCAAGAUUUUAUUUUUGUCCAUGUCACACAAACAUUGGAUUUUUGUUGUGUACUUAAUACCGGUUGUUUUCUUUGGUUCCCCAUCAUCUCUCCAUAGUAUUUACAAUCUGGAGCCAUGGAGGAUUACUCAUACAUACAUUACAAAUAAUUGUAUGAGUAAUCCUCAAUUCAAGUUUCGACAUAAAAUAAAAUACCCUGAUAUGUAACAACACUUCAACACACAGUUAAAGGAUUAGGCCAGAAAUUUUGUUUUUAUUCUUCAAAACUGACAACAAAAACGAAAAGUUAUAAAGCGUUGAAAACCCAAUAGACCUAUAGAAAAAUAAGAACCCAACUUCAAACUGACAUUAGUCAUCCCUACUAUUAAGUUAUAACUUGCUUUAAUGGAGUUAUAUUGUUUAACCAGUAAAUGAACUUUGAAUAAGUAGUAGUUUAAAAAAUAGGGCCCCUUUCCGUUUCCAAUUUUGCAUUACCAUAACCAAUUUUCAAAUUGCCUAUCUUUAUUUUUACAUUUCAAAUCCCAUGAAAAUCGCCAGGUAUGCUUCAUUGUUGUAACUGCAAAAGCUGCAAAUACGAAUCGCAUUCUUUAAGUUUAGUCCCGCAAAGAGUGAUAUUACAAGGUUUUAAAAAACAAAACACACUGAUACUCUAAAACUGAAUUUUCUAAAUAUAACAUGAUUUAUUUCUGUGUUAGCAUCUUUGUCAUUACAUUAAAAAUUAAAAAAAACGAAAAUUUUUCCAACACGUAAGGUUUAAAUAAGAUACAGUGUACAUAAACUUUUCAAAUGGGUCAAAACAGUCUUCUCAAAAUAUCCAAAAAAAUCAUCUUAACUUAGUAUUAUGCCAAAUUAAGAUGAUUUAUAGUUUAAAAUAAUUAUUAGCAUUUACAUGUAAGGUACAGGGUGUACAAGAAAACUGAUGAAGUUAAAUUUUGAUAAAAAACAGCAACUCUAACACACAAAUUAAUGUAAAGGUGGGUCAAAAUGGUCUCUUCCAAAAUGAAAAUAUUUAGUAUAAUUUAGCAUAAUUCAAAUUAAAAGCUUAAACAAUUUUAGAUAAGAAAUAAAAAGACUGAAAGCCUAAUACAUGUAUAACAUUGAUGGUUUCUUGAUUUAGCCCUUUCACUCCCAGAAGUGUUUACAGUCAAAUUUAACAACAAAAUCCAAAUAACAAAUCAUUUUCAUAAACUGAUGAUGUAAAAGUUAGAUGCACAAGGCUGUCACUAAGAUUACACAAGUUGCAGGGUUUAAGUGAAAUUAGUGAGCGGGACAAUGAAAAUGUGGAAAGUUUCGUUUCCUCUCAAAACAGCCAAGUAUUGGGCUCAAAGUAGCCGAUUUAAAGUCUGGUUUAUGGCCCUUAGUGACAGCCCUGGAACCACUUUACAAGACUAAGGCUUGUAAUUAACAUGUAUUAAUCCUGUUUGCUUUGAGAGGACUUUCUGUCACCAACAUCCCAUACCAGGCUGAUCUGCUGAAUAAAUAGAAAGCAAGUAUUAUUUGAGUAAACUACACAGAUUAUUUGUAGGCCAGUGAUAAUACACUAAAGGCACAAGUACAUGUACAGUAAGGGGGUGUUUACAUGAGAAAACUCACACCGGCGCGAGUCUCAUACCGGGAUGACUUUUUGAUUUUGUAUCGGGUUUACAUUAUGAAUGAGUCAUUUCAUAUCUCAUUAUUUGAAGGUACACUUCAUGUUGAUAAAAUACUGAUUCAAAAUCGCAAACAUUACGCGUGCGCUACCCAUUCCAGUCUACCGGCAGACCGAUUUCAUGCCGAAACGGGUGGUCGUUUCGCAUUUACAUGAUACUGCCAUGAGAUUUUGUACCAGAGUGAAAUUCUCGCCGGCACAAGAACCGGGUGAACUCACACUGAGGUGACUCGCGCCUGCAUGACAUUUUGUGGUGGUAUCAUGUAAACAAAUAUGGAGCUAUGAGAGGGAACCAGAGUGAACUCGCUCCGGGCAAAAGUUGCCCCGUGUCAUGUAAACACCCCUAAGUUGCCAGAGGACACCCCUGCUAUUACUGAUUAAUAAUAUUUUUUCCUACACUCAUGGCCAAAUUACUACAAUCAGCACAAUUUUACUUGACACAGGGUUCCCCACAUGCCUCUUUUCACAAACCAAGACUAAAAAUUUGAAAAAAUGAUAAGGCAUUUUCCACAAGUGGUCUAAUAACAGUGCAAAACCUGAGUAGCAAAUGAUUUCAAUGUCCACAAAUUCACGCAACUGAAUAAGAUUCAUCUGACUGUUAAAGAUUCAAAAUGUUUGACUAGUAUGAGUUAAAGGCUUUCCUUAAAGGCAAUAAUAUUUACAUUUAGAACCCUACUUGCAGUUGAGUGAAAAUCAGGGUAAAAUGCUACAUGGAAACCCUAUAAUAAUAAUAAUAAUAAUAAUAAUAGUAAUGAACUUUAUUAAAGUCUCAUGUCUUAUAACUCAGGCACAGUGCCUUACUAGUCGGGGAGACUGAAGCAUAUGUAUAUGUUAAAUUUAUUAACAAUGGUUUAUUAUAUUAUUAGAGUUCAAUGUUUUACAAUGUAUAUCUUUUUUUAUUUUAAUGUAUGCAUUUUUAUAAGAGUAUCAUCCAUUAAUAUCGCUGUAAAGUGUUAUGAAAAACCACUGGAUGUACAUUAUUAUUAUUAUUAGAGAGUAAGCAAAAAAGAAAGUAGUGUCUGAUAGCCGGGGCUAGUGGAUUUUGCUAUCGAGCCAGUGAAUUUUGAACUUAACUAGCCCGAUGGGCAAGUGAAGUUUUUUUUGAGGAAUUCAAAUUAAAGAAGAACUGUGAAAUCAAUUCUGCUCAUCAAAACGGUUUGGGGCUAGUUGAAAUGACAUUUGGGCUAGUAUAUGCUAGCUUCAGCUUGCCCGAAUGGCAAGCUUUAAAAAUCACCUUCUUUGCACCCUGGUAAGAGAGAAAUUUUCCUAUCCACUUGUCCUUCACACGAGCAAUACAUUAAAUUUGGUUGUCUGAAACCUAGAGUUCUUGUCCAAAAAGUUUAGCUUGCAACGGGCAUUUAAUGUUUUUAAUCACAUUAUUUAAUCACAUUAUUACCCUUGUAUAUUAUUUUUGAAUUAAACCUACAACAGAGCUUGUAAAAAGCAAAUGAAUGAAACGACUGGCAGUGGAAUGGCAAAGUUAAAUGGAAUAUUUAAGGCAACUGUUUCUUAUCUUUAUUUUUCUAAUUAAAAAUGUGCUUGUCCCACGGACAAGUCAUAUCAAAGGGUUACAUGUUCGAACUAAAUUUCUACCUGUCCCGGACGAAAGUUCCAAAUCAAUAAACAUUCCUAGCCUUCUCAUGAGCUCCACCAAAGACUUUCAGGGAAAAUAUAGAAACACAUAAGCACCUUAUUCCCAAAAGUUUCAAAUUUUCCUGAAACUUUACCUAAUAUAUUUUUUUCCUUUUAAUAAUUAAACGUUCAAGGUUCCUAGUUAAUGUAACAGGAGUGAAGCCACUUUGCUAUUUAAAGCCCUUAUCCUCAAUCUUGAAAACAAUGCCUCCUAAUAAUAAUGUACAGUGUACCCUGUAAAUAAAGCAGCCUAUUUUCUUUCCUUGCCACCAGGGACAUUUCACAAGAGAGACAGUUGUAUUUGCAGAUUAAUAAUGGUGUAUGUAGACAAGAGAAUCCAAAACAGCUAUGACUGCUAUGACUCUCUUAAGAGUCUUAUCUUUCACAACUUGUUUCUUUAAAUUUUGUUUUCCUUUAAACCUAGAUUUACUGACGAUACAACUAUGGUGCAAAUAGAACAAUUUCUGGUUUCUAACAUGACUGUGUGCUUUGCUUCCCAAAAAGUAAGGCAUUCAAUUUCCUGACAGUAUGUGCUGCACUGUAUCCUCUCAAGAACCACAAUAUAAUUUCAUAGGAGCAGUGCACAAUGAAGAUUAAAAUUAAUGGUCAUAUAUGAAAUGAAUCAUACUUUGAACUGCAGAUGAAGGUAUGAAACUGUGAAGAUGUUAACAACUAUGUUGGCACUUACAUGAAAAUACAUUCUAAUUCAAUCAUGGUCUGCAUUAGCUAUGCAUUGAAAGACUCAUGAAAAUGUCUAUUCAUUCUCUGUUCAUUUAAGUUAAAACCCACGUAAUUUAAAAUCAAAAAUAAACUUUUGUACCUACUUCAAAAAAUACAUGCAUGCUGUUAAAUUAUUCACCACUUAUGACGCUAUGACUGCCAGGGGAAUUGGGAAGCUGGGGUUUGUUAUUGACUGACGCAUGAAAAUAUAGAACCAGACUACGUAGAUUAUCUUUGCCUACUUGCAAAUUCAACACUUGUUAACACUUUUCUAUUCUGUUUAUUAGUUCUUCUAUAGUCUGUGAAAAUUUUCAUAAGAAUGUUUGUAUCACAUUACAUGUAAGCUUACUUUAUACAGAUGUCCUUUCUUAAUUCCAUUAUUUUCUUUUAGUAAUUCCCAGUACCAGUGACCAAACUCCUAUUUUCCAGUACAAAACAAGGAAAUUCUACUCCUUCAGACCCCCAAAGUCCUUACAUGAUUUUACAUUAUCAUCUUCAACGUCAUGGUCUCGUUGCUUGCUUAGUAUUGAAAGGUUAUGCCAACUAAAUACACAUGUAUAGUUAUAAUUUACUUUAAACGGUUAAUGCUGGUUUCAUUGCUCACUGAAAUGUUAGUUACUGGGUACUUCCCCGGCAUAGUAAAUCGAACGUUCGAAAAUCGAACUCAAUCGAACGAAAUCGAACACCACACUUUCAGUGAGUUCGAUUUCCGAACAAAUCGAAUUCAAUCGAACAAAUCGAACUCAAUCGAACUCAAUCCGUCUGAUUGUGUUCGAUUGAGUUCGGAAACGGAACUCAAUCGAACACAAUUAAAUGGAUUUCGUUCGAUUGGCUCUGGUGAACCUAUACAAAGCAAGCCCAAAGCAAGCCCGUCAAAGCAAGUUUUUCUUGCGCUUUUUUUACUAUUUAUUCAAUAUCACAAACCCCAUUUAUAAACUGUCCACGGUAGUUAAGAGAAGAGAACAGAACAAACCCUGAAAACUUCGCCAUCCUUGAAAGCGGCAUUCCUGGUAGCCUUUGACUAUACAUUUGAAGCUUACGAUCCACAACGCAUCUGAAGCCAUUUCUGCGGAAUUUCUUCGUUUAUGAAAAACACGUGCGCUACACUCAGGGCUGAAGUAACUCGAGCUUCUAAGAUCUGGUAAUGGAUUUUCAACGUCUGUUUUACAUAAAUCACGAGUUCGAAAAUCAAACGUUCGAUUGGGUUCGAUUGAUUCUUUUUCUUUUCGGUGAGUUCGAUUUCGUUCGAUUGCCGAACUCAAUCGAACUCAAUCCACCGAUUGAGUUCGAUUGAGUUUGAUUGAGUUCGAUUGAAAUUUAGUUCGAUUGGGUUCGAUUUACUAUGCCGGGGUACUUCAGACAGUCAUUCGAACUCGUCAUAAACAAGUUGGAAUUAAGCUUAAAAAGUUAGAGAAAAGGCGAGCCAGGACAACUUACCUUACCUUACUAUCUGCUCUUUUCAGCGAGAUCUUGAGUAUCGAAGAGCCUUAGUAAUACGUGUAAUACAGUCUUGGUCUGUGUUGUGAACAUUCCAGUGUAAAUGCUUACGCUUCACACGAUGUUUCUGUCUCCAUUUCUGACUGAGUAUCUCGUCCCGAAAGGGUUGCUGCACACUUGAGAAGUGAUCGAUUACUAAAGGCUGAUAGUGCCAUUAUAAAUUGUAACAACCUUAAGAUGUCCUGUGAUGCUAUCAAGAAGCAUAAUAUAUGAACGAUCUCCAACCUUUCAAAGAAGCAAGUUUGAAACCGUUGGACACUUUCAAAAUGGACGCCAAAUCAGCGAACCUGACUGAGCAUGUGCAAAGGAACAAGCCCGCUGACCAGGUGUCCCUUCACUGUAUUGUUUCCAGGCCCCUUUCUUUUAACAAAUUGUCCGUUCCCAAACCUGAAGUCCUCGGACUAAAAAUAAGGAAACGAUAAAGGAGGUUCAACAAUGAAGCCAGUACUCCGUUGAUUGUAAAAUGGUCACAGUAAUUUGUGAGUGCGUUCUUUCUCUUUAAGUAAUGCGUUCUUUCUUUAAGUAAAACUCGCCGUUUUUGCGAGGCGAUAUUUUUUCUUUAUUUUCCAAUUAUUUCAAUUUGAUCAAAUUACAGUUGAAACUCUCUACAACGGCCACCUUAGGGACAUUGAAGAAAGUGGCCAUAGUAGAGAGGUUGAAAGAAGAGUAAAUGUAUGUCAUGUAUGGACCGUCCGCCGAAAAAAAAAAACAAAACAAAAAUGGCCCGUGUAGAGAGGUGACCGUUAAGGAAGAAACACCUUAUACUGACUGAAAUCAAUGAGGGAAUACUACUGAGUAUUGAAGGCUAUUGUGUUUGCCGCGACAGAUAUGCCGUUUUUCGAAAAUUGCCGCACAAUCGCAAGCUAUAUCUUUGCAUGAACUCUGCCAGCAGAAUUUUCUUUUCAGCGUCAUUUUUAAGCGUGUACGAAGUCGUUCGCACCGCCAAAAAAAAUUUGCGUGGUUGGCUUGUUUACAUCGCACACCAACAUCGAACACCAAAUGAGUGAUCAAAAAAACUAUGCGAACUAGUAUCAGGACACAAACGACUUACUAAAAACAGUGCCGGGAAUAAAUUGCUGUUAGGAAGCUAGCAUUAUAUGACAACCUUACUAAACCUUUACUUGUUGCGUAAAUUAGCGUAAAGCUGUUACAACAACUUUAUGCUAGCUUCGCGAAACCUUUAAGAGCCGAGCGCGUAAAUUUACCUUUACAAACCUUUACGCGCCGUGGAAAGUUUGCGUAAAGUUGGAUGACCAACUUUACGGAGGUUUACGCAAACUUUAAUUUUGCGUAAAUCUCCAUUUUCAUGCUGUGCUUGCACACGCCUCAGCAGUAAAUGUUCUUUGAUACGCCAGCAAUCCCCCGCUAAUUGACCCAACGGCUAUGCCAGGCGGAUGAGCCUCAAUAAGGGCGAACCAGCUGUCCAUGGCUGCCACUACUUGGGUGAUAUGGUUGUGCGCAUACAUAAGGUAUUGGCCAUAACGCAGUGAUGGUACGUGUGCUUCACUGCAGUUAAUUAGUAUUGUUAAAAAUUUAGCCCUCUCAUAUAACUUGUGUACUAUAACUGAAGCUGUUCUUCAUGAAGCUAGUUCCCACUCAGUUUGUUAACAGAGUCCCUUAGGGAGUAGUGCGUUUCACAUCGUUUAACAGUUUAGAGGAUAAAUAUCCGGGAACAAGAUCAUUUAAAGACUUGUGAGCCAUUAGGGCUUUUUGUAUUUGAAACUGAGUGCUCAAGUCUUUCCAAUUAAGUUGUUUAAAUAAGCGGUUGGCAUAAGCAUCACACCUAGAAAAGGUUAGAACACGAGCAGCACGGUUCUAAAGCUUCUGUAACCGGUCAAACAAAGUUUUUCCACAAUUACCCCAGACAAUAUCACUAUAAUCGAAUUGAGAUUGAAUGAGGAGCGUUAUAUAUACAAUGGAGAGUAGGCGUCGGAACAAAAGCUUCGAGGAUCUGUCCCUUGAAAUCCAGAGUACCCCCCCCCCCCCCAGGUAUCCGCGCGGGAUUUUUUCGUCCCAUGAGCAACAACGCUUCCAAUGAAGAGAACGGGUUCAGAAAUUCAUAAUUUACAUUGUUCUUUGUAUAACAAAAACGACCCCAACCCUCCUUAAGUUAUUUUUACUUGUACUUAAUUAUUCAUCCCAUGGUUUAUAAUCACUCACCUAAACAACUGAUUUCAAUCUCUCUCAUGAUCUCUUCCAUUUCUUCUCUGUUUCUUUCCUGCUCUUUAAUUAUCUCUUCUUCUUCUUUAUUCAUCGGAACGGGACAAACUGCGAAACAGCAAAACAAUAAAUGAACAGUACUUGCGUUCGAGGUACGAGAACGCAACCCCUAAUUUGUGUUGGAUGUUCUGUGCAUUAUUGGGUGACCUGUGCAAUUAAUAAGGGAGGUUUUUUUGAGAUUGCAUUUUCAGACAUUUGCCUCGCUUUGAGGCGCUUGCUUAAGUUUUUCCUCACUUUGACGCGCUAACUCAUGUGGUGAUUCUUGUGUCCUCGGCGUUCAUCUUUCAAAGGUUUGCUAAGGUCUGAUAUUCUUCGUAAAGCUUUCAUCUUUUAAAAAGUUUGCUCAAUCUUCGUAAAGCGUACAUCGAUCUGUGAUUGCUGAAUCGUCCAAAGCGUUCAUCUUUCAGGAGUUUGCUGUUAAAUUUUACUUUGGAUUAAGCCUUCAUAUUUUUCAGCAUGUUCGUCACUGUCUUUGGAAAAUGUCUGCGACUACUGGUGCAUGCAUCAAACCGGGUUUAGUUCGGCGGCCGUUAUGCCACAAAGUAAAUUUACCGAGUUGUAUAGCUCGGCAGCCGUUGUGCCACAAAGUAAAUCUACCGAGAUGUGAAGCUCGGCGGCGCCAUUUGACCAUGACUUGUGAUAUUUUCGGCACCGGACAAACGAACACUUUAACUCUAUGUUAUUUAUUAGGAAAAACUUAUAAAUCAGCCCACAGUAGCGCCACUCUCGAGUCACUGAAAUCAACACGCUCGACCAAAUUACUGGAAAAGUUAUUGACGUGAGCCGCACACACGUUCCAUUGAAGGCUUUGAUAGGGUUAGUGCGAAGUUUGAAUUCAGAUGUGAAAGCUUUUAAACCAGUAAAUUCAAAGUAAUUCAUUUUGUCAACAAGUUGAUGAUUGGAUGCUGUUAAACAUAACAGAGAAAAUUAUCCGAAGAAAUAUUUUUGAAGAAAGAAAAGGAAUCUCGGGUUAAGAAGUAAUCGGCCUUUGAGAAACUGCGCCCUGUAACUCGCGCCGUAAAACAAAAUGUUCCAUUUACAAGUCCGACGCUGGCCAAUGUCUCCUCCGAUUAAAAGCACUUGACACCGAACCAUACGAUAUCUUUUGAAAACGUUCUUAAAAUAAUACACAGUUUAAAUAGAGAUUUCGCUGUACGCAACCCUUACGUUCAAAAUAUGCCAUAAUCAUGUUUAUCUACAUCGCAACCACCCUUCCGCCUCAACAAACAUAUCGAACGCACUCUCCUAAGUCUUGAUCGCCCUUUUUUUAUGAGUAAAAAUAAUUAUUUCAUUUUUUUUUUACUUCAGAAUGGUUUUUUGACAGCUUUCUGUAUAUUAAAGAGCAACAGGGUGCUUAAACAUAAUGCCUACAAACAGGUGCGCAAUAAAAUUUUGGUUCUGAUGUCAUUAGUCAUUACCUCCAUGGUUUACAACUUCCUGUGCCAUCAUCACAGCUGGGAACAUGAUAAAGGAACUGAUAACUAUCAAUGUUGUCUUGUCAGCCAUCAUCGAAGCUUGUAAAAAAUAAAAUAAUAUUAAAUAAUAUCCAUUGACAUAUAAAGAUAUUGAAUAAUAUUCAUCGACAUUUAAAAAUGUCAAUGAAUUUCGUUGGUGAUGGAGAACCGAUGCAUAACCGCGAGUCGGGGUGGGAGGAGGAGGCCCUGGAAAAUUGCGGUGGGGUUGUGCGCCGUAAUAUAAUUCCUAAAUCCCUUACCCUAUUUCACAUCAAAAAAUGUGACUUUCCUUACUCUGUUAUAUUUCAGGUUAAAACUGGGGAUAAAUUCUCUCCACCAUUUUCAGACCAAAAGAGGUAUAGCUACACAGCUUAUAGCGGAGCUCUCGCGCGCGAAGCGCGCCAGCGGAACACCAUAGGUUAGAAAAUUUGGUAAACUAUCCAUCCGAGAAAAUUUGGUUAUGACGUAGCGUACGCCUGCCCGCCCCGCCCACCCAUACACACACUUCAUGUAAGCCGAUGUCAAGUGUCACACUUGUCAGGACCGAGAAAUAAAUAACAACGGAGACUAAUGUCGUUGGAAGAAAAACAUGAAAAUUAUGUAGCGGCGGUAAGGAAAUGAAGAAUGCUAGCGGCUAUUAAUGUGAAAAAGGAGCGGCAGUGAAAAAAUAGAGUGAACAGGAACACAAACAUUUCCUCCAUAAAACGCGUAAAUAGGAAGCUAAAAGAAGUUUCACGUUUGUCGUGUAAAACUAUGGUAACGAAAUGUACAAAAAAAACUGCUGCACGUGCAGGGAUGUUUUUUUGCUAAUUAGAAAAAAAAGUGUGCUGCACGUGCAAAGUUGUUUUUUUGCUAAUUAGAUCUAUUGUUGUUGUUUUUAGCGUUCUCGUUGCUUUCAACUUGUCUUUCGUAUUCAUCGAUUUUAUAUUUUCUUUGAGGAAUCUAUAAACAUUAAAGAGAGCUUUGCUUUUAGCCCUGGCUAAAUCUAUUUAGUAUAUACUAAAACAGUGGAUAGUGUUUGUCGCGCGCUCUGAUUGGCUACUCAAUCAGUGAAUAUCCUGCACUAUUCACUGAUUCACCUCCAGUUCCUCCGAGCGAGCGACGCCAAACUCACGUAAGUUGCGAGCAAAAUGCCUUCCUGGUUUGCUGCCGUAAACAAACAAAUAAAUUUCACAACUAAUCAAGCAAGCUGUUUCCGAAAUACACGAAGAAGGUGACGAAGGUCGGAUUGGAAGUUUUAACAGGAAAAGGUUUGUCUUUUUGACACAAAUUUAUCGAUAAAACCGGUGAAAAAGUUUUUUGUUUACAAAUGCAAAUUAAGUUUAAGUCUUGCGUUACCUUAUUUAGUUGAGUUGUUCAUAAAUAAGCUUAAAACUAAAUUUAAUAACCUUUUUUUAUAGAAUGAUUUUAAAUACAAAAAGAAUUCACAACUCCUUUUGAAGAAAUUUCCCCGCAGGAGCUAAACAAAUGCCUUCAAAAGUUUUAAUUGUCGGCAUUAAAAAGCGACGGCCGCGGCGGCCCGGUCAUUUCGCGCCAAAAUUUUAAUCGUUGGCAACAGUAUUUGAGUUAAAAGUCAUCAUUUUUGUGCUCAAUUAUCUCAUUGUUUUAGUAUAUACUAAAAGAAUUAUUCACCUCAGUGUCGGUGGCUAGUCGUGGAUAUUUUACCGCACUGCUUCGCAGUUCGGUAAAUAAUCACGACUAGCCACCUCCACUUCAGUGAAUAAUUGUUAUAUAUUAUACAUACCCAACGGGCAUAAUAUAAUAGGGAUAACUAUAUGGUCCUAUCAGUUAUGUAGCCGGAAUAAUACCCCGGGGACAACUUAGAUAAAGAAGUACGCCCAGGAAAUGUAUCCGAUUGCAGACCAUUCUUGAAUUUAUUUGAUCGCACCAAAGUCAAUGUCAAAAGCCUGGAUUUAAGCUUACUAAGAAAGAGUUGAAACUGCCAUUCAAGAACAACUUAAAAACGAAAUAUGAGACAGUUUUUUUUAUGUCCCCGAUAUUGAUGUAUUUUUAGAGAAAGAUCCAAGCAGCUGCAGGCUCUAAUACGUUUGAUGCUAGUACAAUUUUCAGAGCUAUUUCCAGUUAAUAACUCCCUUAAUUCACUUAUUACAUAAAAUAUAUCGUCCCAUACAUGCGGAAACCGUGAAACAGAGAAAUCAAAAUUGGCCAUCUAGGCUAACUAUAAGUACUAACACUACUGAUCCACCAGGUAUGCAGUGUAGCUGAGAGUAUGAGGUCAGACUGAACCCAAGUCUCUCCUUAUGCAGGUUAACUGAUACAUCAGUAGAGUCUGCUAACUUGCAUGUUGUUGCCAUAAACUUUCAAUGACUUUUGUUCGGUACUCAAAACAAACUUGAAUUCUAUGCAAUACCCGGUGGUUUUCGUUUAUUUUAUAGAGGGGGUGCAAAAUUAUUGUCGGUGAUGGAGAAACAGGUGGUUUUUCUCUGUCAAAAAUGGCUAAAAUCAGCACUUUCCGAACGCAAUCCAAUAACGAAAUGAACAGUCUCUGAGAACCGAGAAAAAUGCGAUAAAAUGGUAAUAAUAUUACACAAACAUUUUAGGUGAAAUUCUGAAUGGACAGAGUCAUCAAUAAGAUUACUUUUAUGUACCAAUUCUCGAGCGAUGAACCGGCAAAAUAAACGAAAUAAACUGGUCUACAGGGAUAACCUUGGAGCCGUAUCUAAAAACCAACAAAGGUAAUAAAGUUUAUUUGCUGGCUCUUCCUCAGUCGAAAACAUGCAUGCUACAUGAAGUAAACAAAAACUAGGCAACCGAUGCGCUUGAAACAUUGUGUAAUAUAUCAGACAGUUACUGGAUCGAAUUAGAAGAAAACAAAAUUUCUGAGGACAAAGUCGUAAAUAGAUAAGUGCUUCUAUGAACCAACUCUUGCAAGCAAUGAAUCGGCCAGAUAAAGGUGCUCUAUACUGGCUCGGUUUACUAGACCUCGACACAUUCAGUUUCGAUGUAUAGUCAACUUCUGUUAAGUAUUAGUCACAAGUGUGAUAUGUUAGCGCACAUAGAAUGUUUGUUACCGGUUAAUGAUAUUUACUGUUUCUUAUGGAGCCUAUUUGCCAAACGCAAUCGAUCGUGGAACUGCGUUUCAGUUCAGAAAAAAUUCACACAGCUACGCCGGUUUGGAAGGUUUUAUCUUUUACGUGUCUCAACGUCGAAAAGAAGCCUAAACGAAUGCAGCUGUCUCUAAUUGUUGGAAUUGCCUUCGGCUUCUGAUUGAUUUCAGAUUUGCGGAUUUCCGGAUGAUCCGGAUUUCCGCAUUUCCGGUUUUUUUGUAUUUCCGGGUUUCAACAUUUCCGGUGUACGUUUCAACCUGCAUUUGACUUUGCAGAGCCGGUUGAUUAGAAGGUUUAUUCGAGGUUGUAGCUCUGAAAUCUCAAUUUUCUAAUCCAAAAUGAGACCUGCCUAGUUGAUUUUCUGAUUCUCGAGCAAACUUUCACCUCUGAACGGUUGUUUUACCGAGCUAUUUAGCUCGAAACGUGACACAAUUUCACUUGUUUUGAGCUUUGGAUUGUUAGCAUGGGAUUCAAAAAUGGUUGCAUACCAGCAGUUUCUAAAGCACAUUUACUGGAAUUUUAUGGAUUCCGGCAUCUCAGCGAUUGGAAGAUGGCUCAAUUUGUGAGUCAGUGCCAGUAAUGAAAUAGGUAAGCCGUACUUUUGACAAAAUCUGCUUGAGAUAGAUCCGUUACGCUAAAUCUGAAAAUAUCGUAUUAGCUCGCAUACGCGUUGAUACAAACGGUCAUAACUUUUAAAAUACUGAAAUCGUACAUGGGGUUUUGUAUAUUACUAAUAACAGAUGGUCUAUCUUUGCGUCUAUUCAGUCUAGAGCUUUCAACUAUGUCCCAAACGUCAGAAAUAAGCUUUUAAAACAGGGUCAUUUUUGGCCUUUCGCUCUAAGGCAAUUAGUUGGGGUCAUAUUUUGCUCGAUUUCGUCUUUCCAGCUAAAUUUAGCGGAUAACUAUUACUUUUGGGAAAAACUAGAGAUUUUUACCUAUAAAUAGGUAUAAAAUUCAUUGGCAGAUGGUGCAAAUCAAACAUUUUACAGCGCCGCAAAAAAUGCCAAAUUUUCAGUUUUCAAGACGUGCAAAAUGGCCUUGGCGGGACAAAAUACUCGACGCCUCCCAGCGCGGCCAGAAAAUUAUUGUGAAUCAGAGCAAACCUAUUUUAGUUAUAGUCUCGAUAAAGCCUUUCACUCGCCAGAGUUUCAGGCAAAAUUAUUUUUCACGCGAAAUUGAGUGGGCGGUUUUUACUGAGACAGCCUCUUAAAACUGAUAUAGUUUAUUAACCCCAUGUUUUAUGUGUCAUGUAAGUACGAACUGAAACAGAAAUGAAUUUACUUUUCUUUCUUUCAUUUUUUUCCUUCUGUGGUAACGGCAAGUUUCUGUUAUUACUUACAGUUCUGCGAAACUUAAUCUUAAGCAAGUUCCGCCUUUGGAGCUCAGCCGCAUAUAGUCUAUAAGAUAUAAACUAAGGACUGUUUAAAUCCUUCAGACUCAGAUAUAAGGACAUGUAAGGGCAAUUAGAAAUCUAGACAUUCGAGUUCCGACGAAACUGAGCCACAAACUCACUCAUUUAUCCAGUAGAAAAAGGAUCAGGAUCUUCGCUUUCGGAAUAAGUUAAACUAUAUAAUAACAAUCCCUCUCACAGAAACAUUUUAUUGAGGAGAUAUUUCCUCUACCAUUUGCAUUAAUUUUUGACAGCUAUUUUGUGACAGCAAAUAAGUUGUGAGAAAUAUUAAACAAAUAUUAUUCUUCCUUGACUCAAGUCAUAUUCCUGGCUUGGUUUUUAUCUCCCGGUUAGCUCAGUUGGUUUAUUGCCCUUCUGCUAAGCGGAAGUUUUGCACCGGUUGGAGCGAGCCAGAACGCCAGCUAAGGCCUGUAAGUGAUAAUUCAUCUCCGUUUUUAAUGCCAGGAAAACGUAAUAUAACCCACGUUAAAAUUGUUCAAAAAGAGCGGGGAAAGUAGACCUCGUUGGUAUCGUCUAACUCAAUUUUCGAUUGGGUUUUACUGAUAAAAAACCUGGUGUCGGUCCCGAGUGAGUAUUAAUGAAAGAUGCUGAUGUCUGGCGAAGAUGAUAAAGUGAACCCUAUUGAAUAAUGUUUACGUUCAAAGUUCGUGGAACAAUAUCCAUCACCGAGAUGAUGUUUAAAUACAGCCCGUCAACGGAAAUCCCUGGGAUUUAUUUUAGGCACUAUCUCUUAAUUAGCCUGCGUAGCAGGUGGAUGAAUUAAUUUAUGCACAAAAGAAAACGGUGGCGUCGGCUGCGAUGGAGGAGGAAGUGCAUAUGAUCCCCUAAACGAUUUGCAUAACUGUCGAGAAUUCUCCUAAUCCCUUGAGUGUUUAUAUCAGGCUAUGGAAACACUAGUCUGCUACACAGCCGUUUUUAGUGUCGUCACGCAACGCUCCUCCCCACUAACGGCUGCUGAAAACCGAACUACAUUCCUUUCCCUUUGUGUUUGUGGUCUAACGAACAAACCAAUCAUGUACAAGAAAUUUGACAAUACGUGAGCCGCAGGGCGCUAGGCAGCGAGCACGCUUCUCAGUUUUCGACAAAUCAAUCAAUCGUCGCUGAAUUUAGACGGGCUCUGUGUUUUCAAGCAACGAAAAGGUUUAUUUGCAAAAAGUUUGUAUUAAGCGGUCAAGAAAGUUCCAAGUGAAAAGAAGGUUUGAUAGGCCUAGAAAACUUUUACCAGGAUCGGUUGGUUCUUCAUUUAACGUGCAUACCGUAUUUAUUCGAAUAAGCGCCCAGCCUCGAAUUAGCGCCCACCUCGAAUAAGCGCCCAUCCUAAAGGCAGAAAAAGUUAAUAAGCGCCCACCCUCGAAUAAGCGCCCACCUUCUACUCCUCCCAAUCAAACUCAAAUAAGCGCUCACCCGACCCCACCCACUUGAGUGAAUAAAUUCUAAUAAGAGACUUCCCCGAGGACGGAGUCUUCUUCAGAGUAUUUUACAGAAACCUUGCUUUGUUACUUCUUCGCGUUUUGUUAUUAGCAUUUAUUGUUUUGUUACAAAAUAAACAUACUUCACUUGCUGAAAAUGGUGAAAAUUUAAUAAGCGCCCAGCCUCGAAUAAGCGCCC